AUACAAAAGCGGUCGUCGGUCGUCGCACGAUUUCCGUCAGUCGUCGAACGCAGUUUACUACGGUACGCUGUGCUGUUACGGUCGUCCGGCGUCCCGCUGUCUGUCCCGCGCUCACGCACACGCACACACGUUUACACGAAGUAUAAUAUUAUAACACGCGUAUUAUUUCAACGGCGACGCGUACCCACCCCGGUCGCACCACUCUCAGAACACGCCAAAGACCUUCUCGGCUGCACCAUGUUCGCCCUCCGCACGUUCCGUAACGUGUUUUUCUCAGGUAAAAAUCGUAUGACAACAAUAAUAAUAAUAACAAUAUUUUUUCGAUCGUACAACUCGUAAAUCGCGCAUAAUUAUACUAUACCGUUAAUACCGAUAACAAUAUACAAUAUUAAUUCGAUUUAUUUAUAUUGUUAUUACUAUUAUGCCUUACGGCUGCAACGUUAUUGUUACCUGCCCGUUGUUAUUGCAAUAUAAUUAUUGUUAUUACGGCGGUCGCACGUGAUCGUGACCGGCGUUUAACACGAACGUUUUCCAUUUUUGCGGACAAUGUUUUAUUGAGUAUUGUUAUUGUUAUUUUUACCGUAUUAUUUUAUUGUAUUUUUUGUAUUUUUUAGGUGGGUUUAUUAAAGGAUUUUUAGGGACUGUACUGUUUUCGCGGCAAAAUUUUCGCGCCCGCGUAUCAGCGAUAUAAUUAUAAUGUUAUGAUAAAAAAAAAAAAAAAUAAAAAAAAUAUACGUCGCACGUUGCGGCGGCCGGUCCGGGGCACAAUAACAAAUAUUACCACAAUAUUAUUGUUGUUGUUAUCGUGUGGCCGGCCGCGGGAACGCGGUUCGAACCGCGUGGUUUAAUUAACGGCAUUUUCCGUUUUACAGCGUAUUAUUAUUGCGAUCGCGAUUAUGAUAAUUACGUUUUACCCGUAGAGCACGUCGUUAAUAACGAACAACAAUGCAAACGCGUUCGGGUACGUAAUUCGUUAUCCGAUCGCCGACGUUUCCGCUAUCAAUCGCGUUUAUAAUGUUAUACAGGUAUUUUUCGUACGAGCGCAUACAUUGUCGUCUACGCGUGUCCGUGGGUCGCGUUUGAAAACCACCACGAAAUGAAAAGAUCGGUAAAUUUUAAUGUUUUUUUUUUUUUUCGAUUUUGCUUCGGUCACUAUAUUGUCGUGCAGACCGACCGGCACACACAUGCAACUGCUGCAGUAGGUACCGCCGGUUAUUGCACACAUUGUCGUAACGAUAAUAUUAUAUUUUGUUCGCGACACGAAUGCGUCAGUCGUAAACCGUAAAAUAGAAUCUCCUGUGCGACCGCAUCGCCGAAUUUUUCUUUAUUUUUUUUCAGUUUCCGAUAAGAUUUUUUCGAGUUUUUUAAAAAUAAUUUUUUUUUUUUCGUAGAACGUUAUUUAAAUUUGUAUUAUGUUUAUUAAUAAUGAACUUAUUUUUACGUACGUAUACAAAUAUACGAUAUAAUAUUGUAUAGGUAUCGAUUGCGAAACGGAUAAUUCUCACGGAGACUCGAAGGUUUUUCUUGGUGAAUUUUUUUUUUUUUUCAUUCACUUUAAGUCACCGCUAUUUUUGUUCGUGAAAAAUUAACUUUCCGACGACAAUAAUGUUAUUAAUAAUUUACAGUAUAACUGAUGACUACACGUAUACAUUGCGUAUACAUAAUUUUUACUCAAUUUGAAUAAAUUAUAAUUUUUACUCGGUUUUUUUUAUUAUUUUUUUUUAUUUUAUCACCCGCCUAUUUGAUUUUCUUUUGAAAAAUAUCGUAUAUUUUAUAGUGGAUAUAACCGUUCGUCGUUUACAGACGAUUACCUCGGGAAUUUCGUUUUUUACGUUCUACUGUCCCUAUACCAUACUAGAGAUCUGAAAAAAAAAAAGUUUUCCGAAAAAUAACAAGAUUACCCCUUCUAAAAAAACUGGCGUUUCUCGAAAAAACUAAAAAAUUUCCUAAUGGAAAAUGGUUUUUUCGGAAUCAAAUUUUUUUCCUCGAAGAAACAAAAAAGUAACAGAAACUAUCCAAAGAAUAGUGAAAAUUAACGAUGCAUCAAUGUACAAUGACUUUAAAAAAUUGUAGCGAACGAAUCUUGCGGAUUUUAUACUUUCCGUAUAGUAUAAAAUUAAAUAUUAUUACCUAAAUAUCCUCGUUUGUUAAUCAAGUGUAAUGCAUAUAACUAUGCGCCGUAAUAAUAGUAAUAUUUUGUUUAUAACUCGUAACUUUAUUAAAACUAUCGAAUACGCUUUUCGAAUAUUUUCGAAAUAAAUUACAUUUUUCCCGCAAUUCAAUUAGUUGAUGUACAUUGUUAAAUGCGAAUUAAAUUAAAUUGACUGUGAUAUUAAACGCUGCAGUUUGUUGUUUUUUUUGAUUAUUCCAAAAAUAUUUCGACCGAUUUUUUUUACGCUCAGACGAUUUCAAACGUUAACGAAAAUCGUUUAAUUUUCCGAAAACGUUUUCUUACAAUAUUCUCCGAUACGUCCCUUAUAGAGGACUGGGGAAAAGGGUUUUUCUCCGAUUUUUUCUGAAAAUUUCUCGGCAUUUUUUAUUUUUAUUCUAAUUAUUAUACGUUUACGUGCUUAUUAUUACAAACAUAUUUUCGUAAAACGUCGAGUUCCGCAAAUCUCAAUUAUACACGUUGUGUAACGAAACGAAUAGCGACGAAAUACGACGAUACAAAUACGAACGUUUUGUCAGAGUUUAAUGCGAAAAUAAUAAUAAUAAUUCGUCGAGAACGUUUUUAUAAUAAAAAAAAAAUAUAUUAUAAUAUUAUUAUCGCGGAAUUAUCACCCGCAGCGCAGCUCUGUUUGUUUUGCUUUUCCGCAAAAAGUAUCUACGGAGGGGAGAAAUAAAAAAAUGAAAAUCGUCGUACUUAAUCAACGGGUCGGUACUUACCCGCUACGAUUAAUUUAAAUAAAAUAAUAUUAUUGUUACUUCUCGGCGCGGUCCGUUUUUAAGAAACAACAACAACAACAACUAUAGUCGUCGCCGCUCUACAACGAUAAUUAAAGCGCGGACAUUUACAACGGGACGGUUUUUUUUAUUUAUUUAUACAAAAUGUUAAUUAGAUAAUAUUAUUUUUAUUGAAAAACGCAUUAUUCGUAAUUGUAUUAUAAUAUGAUUACUAAGAGAACCCGCGUUUUCAAGCGGUCUCCGCCGCGCGAUAUAACAAGUUUUCGUUCGACGGUGUCGAAACCGUGUGCCGUUUCAGUUUAGUGAUUCGAACGUGUCGGCGCGCCAAUACGACCGUGCGAAAUAUCGCGGUUUCGAAAAAAAAAAUAAAAAAAUAAAUAAUAAUAUUAAACAUUCUCAAAAACGAAAAUCACGCAGAAACGGCAAUGUUCUUUUGUCUUCGGUUUUUUUGCCGGGUAGACACAAUGGCGUCCCGAAACACCGAAAGCCCUUGGAGCAUUUGUUUCGAGGGCCGGGGCCCUUUUAUCUGCGGACAGGCAGAUGAAAAAUUCAAGGACGGUGAAAAUCCGCGCGAUAACAAUAGGGUCGGUAGAUGAUAUUUCCAAAAACAAGGGUUUCACGGCGUCACGCGUAUGGCGAGUACCUACUAAAUUUUAAACACGUUGUAUUCGCAAAAGCGAUUUUCAGCGACAUACCAGUUUUCGAUAUUCCGCUCGUAAAGAAUACUCGUUCGCCAAUAUUGAUUGUAUUUUAUUAUUUUACUGCAGUCCGCAACGCAGUACACGAAAAUCUACACUAGGGUGACUAGGUGACUUCCUUUUUACGUCCUUUUUUCGUCUUUGUGUCCCGUUGUCCCGACGAAUUUCUCUCACGACGCUUUUUGUCCUGUUUUUAAAGUCCCAAUUAUUCCGUAUUAAUUCUUAUUCCAUUCAUUUGGAUGUAAAUGAAUCGAUACCGGUGAUAAUGCAUCUAAGAUUUACGGUUGGGUAUAUUUAAAAUGGUUAAUAAUAUAGACGUAAUUAUAUAAAAAACCUAUAAUAAUUAAUAAAUAUUACUUCGGAUGUAUUAAUGAAAUUAUUUUUUUUCCUGUAUUUUAUAUUUUAAAAUAUGAUUGCCUUAGUGGGUUAGUCCAAACAGUCGAAACGGCCAGUAGAGAGUUAUAACAAUAACGGUAAUCUAUAAAUAUGGUUUUAUAAAUCUUUGGGCCUAAGAGGCUUACUGACGGCCAAACACGACCGGGGGUCCCUGCCGGGUUCACAAAAUAGCGACCACACAGUUGAACCGAUACUGCACAAGUCAUUUCACCCGAAAUUAUAACUAACGGCACAGAGUCGGGCAUGCCGAACGAAAAUUUGUCAGGUCACGCGUUAAUAUGACGGAGACGGCCGGUUCCCGUUCUCUUAAUAACCGAUAAUGAAUAUUAUUGUACGACGGGAUGAACAUUGUUAUCGAUAAUAUUAUUUUUUUUAUUCUGUGUCAAGUCGUUGAAAAUCAUAUGGAUGGUGACACGGUUGGAGGGUCUAAGCGACACGGUUUCACUGUUGGACGGAGAAAUACGUAUUUCGUCCAUUGCGCGUGUGCAAAAAAGAGCCGUGACCAUUAUUCAACUAAUAAUUUGAACUAUACGUUUGGGUUGUAAACGAUACUUAUUUUAUUUCGUCUUCUCAAUUAUAUAAGGUUUAAAAGACAAUAAAAGCUAAUCAACAAUAAUGCGUAUUCAUAUUUCAAUCGACAAAAAGUUAUUGCAAACCUAAAAACAAAAAAACAAAAUGCUAAAAUCACAAAUAAAUGUUUUCCGACUCUCCUGAAAACUGUGAAUUGUGUCACUUACACCCUUUCACUGUGUCGCUGUCGAUACAAUUGUUUUUUACGUUUUGAACGCUGCGGUUCGGUCGAAUACGUAUUUUAUGUUCACGCGAUAUGGUAAUAAAUUAAUAAUGUGUGCCCAGAGUAUGUCAAUGACGAUUGUAACGUGUGAAUAUUAUUGACAGUUACAUUAGAAUUUGCAAUUUUAUACCGAUACGCCGGUACUUGUGUAAUAUGAUACAUACCCGGAAAUUUGUACCUUAUAACGGAGUAAUGAAUUUCUCAAGAUAAUACUUACAUACUUUUUUAUCCUACGGGUAAACUUUAUAUCCAAAUUUUCGGUUCUUAAGUACGCGUAAAUUGUUCACCAGUAAACCACUUGCGUCGUUUAAAAACGAUUCAAAUGUUUAAUUAUUACAAUCGAUAUUAUAUCUUCUUUUAAAAUCUCUGGUAGAAAUGUUUUACAUUAUAGAGGACUAAUGAACACGUAAAAAACUAAAACUAACUUAACAUAAUUCACGAAAUAAUCAAAAAAAUAAUACCUCAGCAAUUUCGCAUUCAUAAGCAUAUUUAAAGAUGUAUAUUUUCAAAAUUUGUUCUUUUAUACAUAUAAUAAAUCAAAUGAGAUAAAAUAUUUGUGAAUAAAAUAUAUAAUAAAAUAUUAGUAAGUAACUUUAGAAUAGGGAAAUGCUUUCCGAGUAUAUAUCAUAUUAGACGAGUAACCGAUACGUCUAUUCAAAUAUAAUGUUAUAUAAGAUAAUAAUCUUAUAUUCGUGAACUCAGAAUAUAUCGAUAUCGAUCGAACCUCAUUUUUUUCAGAAUAAACAAUUUUAUUGUCGACCGAGUAUUUUAUUUUCAACUAGCCUAGCCGAAUUCCCUGACUCAUCUAAAAAAAAAAAAAACGUUACAUUUAUUUUGCAAAAUUUAAAAAGGGUGCUUCCUUGUUUGUGACAGUCAAAUUAAAUAAUAAUGACGUGUUUUUUUUUUUUUUUUAAUUUCAUUCGUGUCACCAGGGUGACUCAGAAAAAAAUUUAAAAAAUAAUAGUAAAAAAAAAAAACAAUCGAGUGUGAGUCACCCUUAAACGUCAUAUAAACGUCAAAAUAAAAAACAAAUAAACAUUUACCAUCUUUUUUUUUGAACGUCAAGUGUACAAAGUAUUACCGUGAUUGGAAUGAAACUAUGAAUUUUAACAGGAAAGACAUACAAGAAUUUUAAUUUCAUUUAAUGUAAGAUAUUAAAUUUUUGAAUUUGCAAUAUCAAAGGAGCUAAUACGAAAUUCCUUAAGAGGCCGUCAUAGUGGCAUUUUUUGCCUCUGUAUUUCUAUUGCGAACAACAUAACAUAAAAUGUGUUCAUAUAAAACAGGCGGAAAGGCUUUUAAACAAGGUUUUUGAGAUUAAACAUGUCUUAUACAAUUGUAUAUAACAGAAUUUUGAAGAUAAUAUUUUUUGCGUUUUUCGAAAUAUUAGAUAAUAAAAAGUUUUUUUUUUUUUAAUAAAGGAAAACAUGAUUUUUUUAAUUACAAGUUGAAUAUUUAGACAGUCGUACAACUCGGACGUGUUUUUUUCUAAAUGUUCUUGGAUAAUAUAUAUUUUAAAAGAGAUAUUUUAUCGCUAAAAACGAUUUCAAAGGCCUUUUCGUUUGUUUUAAGAGAGCGCAUUUUUGCUAGACUGCCGGGAACUGUAUAAAUCGAUUAAAGAUUAAAGGUACAAGAUAAUACUAUUCCGGAAUGUUAAUUACAUAGAAUCAAUGGUUCCCAGUCUAUCUUAUAGUUGAUUUUCGGACUUUUAAGCAAAAUUAAAUCCCGACUUAUUGCGCAAAACCAUUUCAAGUAGAUUAUAGAGAAAUCAGAUAAGUAAAUGGGUAAAAAGUGCAAUAUGAAAAAGUCUUCUUUACGAAGUAACAAAAAUAUUUUAAAAAUCGAUGAUUUUUAUUAUUAUUUCCCCGAUUAUUACGUUCGGUGUUUUGUGCGUACCCGCAAAAGAAAUUUUGUUAAUACCGUGAAUUGGCCUCAUUAGAAGCAAAUGAACGUGCAUUUGUCCCGCCUACCAAGGAUAGGCAUUUUAUAAUUGGCAGUAUAUUAAAUAUAUGUUUUCGAACUUCCAAUAGCGUACUUAGGCCUCAUUGGUCGUUUAAACUAGAUUUUGCUGUCAAAAUAAAACCUGAAUGUUUUACUAAAUAUGUGUACAGAACAUUAAUACAAGAAGUUGUACUCAAUUUUUCUAUACAUAGAAUAUAUUUUUUUUCUGGUCUUGAUAAAUUAUAUUUUUAAAAACCAAAAAAUAAAAUAAAAUGAGUUUGAAAAAACUGAUCUAUAGAUGUUGAGACAACUUCUUGUAUACAUUUCGGUACCCGAAACAACAGUUUGUACUUUUGUACUUGACUCUUCAUACGACCGUCGAGCCACGAGUACUGAUUAAAAGACAAAAAAAAGAACAUAUUUUCGCUAUUGUAAUAACACCAUUGUUUAAUCCAUUAAUCCUUUCUUAAUUUCCGUCGUAGAAAAAAAAUACGUGCAUUUUGUCCCGAUUUCAAAACAUUUCCGUUUACAUUUGUCUACGUAUAAAAAUUUCUAAAGAUUUAUCGCUGCGGGAUAUACGUAGGCGUAUUAAAAAUAAAACUUCUUUUAUACGUGAGUUGUGAUUGAGUUUGAGAGACCGGUAAGUAAACCCGGGUGGAUCGAUCUCGACGUAAUUAACUUAAGGGUCCGUCGAUCGAAUUUUCAUUUUUACGGCGAAUUCUGGAGAAGGAGGGUGGCGAGAGUGACAAGUUUCCCCUGUUAAAGCGUAGGUCUCACGGAUGACGUUCAUCGUUUGCAACGAUACCCUUCGGUACGAGGAAACUUCGAUCGCCGCAAAACAUAAUACACCUAAUAAAGAGUUUUUGAAUUAUUAUAAACCCGUCACGCUGAUGAUAAACGCGGAUAAAUAAAUCGUGUAAAUAAACAGUUUUAAUAAUUAAUUUAAUAGGUACACAAAACUAUUGGUAUGCAUAAAUAAAUAUAAUUACCGUUAAUUAUUAAUCGAUAAAUUAUCGCCUGUCCAAAAUUAAAAUUAAUCGAUAUUUUUCCGUUGAUAUGAACGACGCAUACAUUUUAUAGUUUAAAAAAUUGCAUGUGUUAUUACUACAUAGAAAAAAAACCCAUAGUUAUUAAAGUAAUACAUAAUAUACCUCACUAGAUUACUAGAACAUUUAUAUAACUGCAAUUAUACAGAAUUUAUCAUAUUUUAAAGUUUGUCGAUUCCAAUGAUCAAUGUUCUUUGAUUCCGAGCGUAUUAGUUAAGGCGCAUUGGUUUUGCUUUUUGUAGUUCUUUUAAACACAUUUCUUUUCUAUAAACCACGUUCUAUCAGAAAUCUUUUUUAAUCACAAAGUAACGGGCCUUUGGAUUCGAAGCGUAACGAAGGGAUUUGUCGGUUUUACUAAGACGUGUGUGUUCAUUUUUUUCUUUUUCGUGAACGACUUUCUACCGGAAAACUUGCUCCAAAGUAUAGACUAUAGCACCUUUUCUGAAAGUUAAUUUUCUCUCGUUGGUGCAUUGAAAAGGCCAUUUUUAUAUUUUCUAGGUGUUUUCGAAAUAAUUGGAAAAACCCGAAAGAAAAUUAGAGGUGAAAUGGUGAAUUUAUUCAUUGCACGUUACGGUGUUGAAAAUGGUUUCACUGUUUCAUUGUAUUAUACUAAAAUUUUCUACCAGAAAUAUUACUUCAAUUUAAAAAUAAUAAGACAUUUAUAUUUUACGUAAUUUGUAUUUGUAUUAUUGUAAAUUCUGAUAGAAGGUUAAUUAUAAGUCUUAUUUAGUGGUAAAAAAAAAAUGAGUUUAGUAUUAUUCUUUUUUUUUUUUUUUAUAAGUUUUAAAAUAAAAUGUUGACGAAAAUUAAAAAUAUUAUGGCCUUUAAAAACAUAUAUAAAUGAGCCUCAUUCUGAAUCAUUUUUCUUAACCAUUAUUUAUCGUUAGUUUCAAGUAUAAAUUACAUAACUUUUUACAUACCACCUCUGCAAAUCACCUUAUGUACCUAAUAUCUUACCUUCCCAACUUCUCAUCCACCCAUUAUUGUGUAGUACACCCAUCAGUAUUAUCCGCUCUUGUUUUUUUUUUUUUACCACUAAGACAAACUUAUUAUUAACCUCGUGUGAAAUUGCAUGGUAUUUCUUUUUGAUCAAACAAUUGUAUUCACAUUAAACUAGGAAAAAAAAAAUAGGUAAACAUAAUAGUUCUAAAAUCGCCAAGAGGUUUUCAAAACUUUACCACAUCUUGCAAUUGUAUAUACAAUAUUAGUCUGUAUAACGUUUGUACAAAUAUAACUUCCACAAUUCGUUAAAACACGACAAAUUUUUAAUAAUUUUGUCAUAUUACCAUUAUUACAUAAUGGUAUCGGUAAAUAACUCCAGGAUUUUAAUUUCUCUGCCGUAUUAUUCCUCUCUAUAAUUGUCGGACACGAUCUCAUACACCGAUUUUCACGUAUUGAUUUUAUAAAAGAUACCUCUAGUAAUUAUAAUAAAAAAAAAAAAUCAACAAUUUAGAACGUUAAAAAUAUUUCAAAACUAUUAUUUGAAAUACCAGACAUUUUAUAAGAAAAAAAAAAAUACACGAUAAAAGCCGCAUUAAUAAUAUUGUUGAAUACAAAAUAAUGUUUAACAAGCAAUUCAGACAGUCAUUUCUUUAUCUAUUCGACAAUAGCAAUAACCGUUGCAUUACAAAACAUGUACAUUCGAAUAUGAAACGUGUUUAAGAUCUUAUCCGAUCAAAUAAGCGUAAUCGGAAAUAAACAUCAAAUUAAAAACCGUACCGAUACGUCGGUCGUCUGUUAUUAAAAACCAUCAUAGAUUAAGGUCAAAUGUCCGCGUUUUGAUUUUUGAUUAUAUGCGUUUGACAUGCCUACUCCACGAUAACGGUAACAAAAUAUUCUCUAACAUCGGUAACAAAAUAAUAAUAAGUCGGUAAUUGCAUUAUAGAAACGUGGGAUACAAUCUAUACAUGGGUAUUUUUAUAUUGUUAAAUAGUGUAAAAGCAACGAUAAAUCGAAAAAGACGCUGCGAGAACCUAUACCGUAAUUCAGCAUUAAAAUGUCGACGUUUGUUAUUUGUAUCGUUUAACCUCCUUUUUUUUUUCGGUAGAGUCCUGCAAUCCAAAUGUAACAUUUACAAUCUCUGUAGUAAUUAUCUACGAACAAAAAAAAAAAAGGAAACUUUUUGGAUUAAACUACUUUAUAUCGUAUUUAUUGGUCCCCCGACUUUACGGAAAACACUUUUGUUUUACCAAAAAAAAAAAAAAAAAACAUCAAUGUGAAAAUCUCUGUUUGCAAUCCAAUAAAAACAAUGCUGUGUUUUUCAUAGGCUAUUAAAUGUAUGUUCAAACGUAUGUUAUUAUACCUGUUAAACUUAUCCUUAUUAAAGCAAAAAAAAAAGCUGAUAAUGCUGACUACACAUCAGCCACUGUAAAGGGCGAAAAGUCAGGAAGGUAGGAUAGGUGGGAUACAUAAAUUUAUUGUAAGCAACGAUAAUCCAUUGCAAAUGAAAAACGAUUCUAAACGAAAUUAGUUUAUACCAUAAAAUUAUAUGAUUUGAGAGUCCGUAAUAUUUACGAUUUUCGUCAAAAUUUGAUAACAACUCAUUUUUAAUCGAAUAACAUCAAAAAAACAAAACAAUAAUUGUCUGUAAGGAAAUUGUCCAGAUUUUUGACAUUAAUUUCCCGGCUUUUCCCAAUUAUUAAUGCUGUUACAAGGAAAAUAAAAAAAAAAAUUACCCACUCAAUACACAAAAUAUAAUUUUUAAAAAUACAAUACGAAAUAUAGUUUUCUCUAAAGUUGAUUAUUGGAACAAGAUGUCUGAAAAAAAAUUAUUUAUAAAUCGAAUAACAAAAAAAAAAAAAAAAAAUACAUCAUAGUGAAAAUAAUACGAUCCUCGCUUCGCUCAAAAUCUAAUAAAAUGCAUAACUCUUAAAACGUGUUGCAAUGAUGAAUAGCGCAAGUAUACAUAAGAGCGAGAACAAUUUAAAUUUUGAUCGAUUGAACCAGAGUACUUUUAAUUUUAAUAAAGUCGUAUGUAAAUAUCGGAUUAACUUUUUAAUCCCUUAACAAUAUUUGGUUUGAAACAUUAUAAUAUCAUAAUCUAUAAGGUAUACGGUAUACAGUAUUAUUAUUGUACAUCAUAUUUCGCUACAAUCAAUUUUAUUUAAUUUUAUAUUGCAUGUUUGAAUGUCGUAAAUGUAUCGUUCAAACAUGAAAACCUAGAUAAACACACUCGAUUUAAUUUACUUUCCGAUUCAAACACAACCACAAUUGGAUUUUGUUUUUUUUAAAUAUUUUUAUUCAAAUGUAAACCUACGGAAAAAUAUAUUUAUCUCGUUUUUUUUUUUUUUUUUUUUUUUUUUUUUUUUUUUUUUGUAUAUCGGUCGGGCUCGUCUAAUGAGUAAUCUUCAAUCCUACUUUGAUGACUUGACUGUCACGCACAGCUGCGUAUUUCAUUGCGUUUAAUGUAAAAAUGUGACAUAAUGUGUUAUAAUUUUGUAAUUUAUUAUUAAUGCAUUAAUUUUAAUUAAAUUGUAUUAUAAUUUUUGGGUCGGACCCUUUGCACGAUAGUAUGAAUGAAAUUCGCCGGACAUAUACAUCACACUUCCGGUAGGCGCCGUACCUAUAACGGUUAACAGGGAUGCAAGCCCAUAAUAAUACAUUGUAUUAUAGUUUUUAAUAUAAUCAUAUUUGUAAAAAAGAUUACGAGGUGAAAAUCGGAAUUAAAUUUUAAUAUGGUUGGUCGUAUUUCACGUGGCGGAUAGGGAAAAAAUGAGUUUUCGCAAAUUUCCGCGGCAUUAAACCGGGAAUAGAUUUUAUUAAAAUAAUUCGUUUACCUGUGUACUUUGAUAUAUAGGCGCCUAUUUGUAAAAACCAAUAUUUCAGUACAAACAUUUUUAACAUGUGCAUGGCCGUACUUGUAGAAAGUUUUUUCGACAAAAUUAAAAAAAAACUGUUACCGCUACUGUAGAAAGUUGGCAAGGUAGGAUAAAUAUAUGUAUUUGAUUGAUAACUGUACGAAACGAUAAACUAUUGCUAACCAAAAACCUAGUAUGGUGAAUAUCGAGUAAAAUUUUUAAACCUUUUUUUUCAAUCAAAAUAAUUUCAACCCCGUAUAAAUCAAACAAUACUACCCAAAGUUAUGUGAUUUUACGAUUUCCAUCAACACUUAAAUUUUAGACACAUACGGUUAGGUAUACAAAAAACUUACUUCAUUACGCUUAAUUGUUUUUUUCACAAAUAACAACUUUUAAUGAACCUCGUGUUAAAAUGUCAAACAUUUUUGUUCAGUCAAACAAAUAAAACAAAAAAAGAUAGACAUGCUUCACACAAUGAGUGGGUCACUGUUGUAGGUAAGAAAUUGGGAGGAUAGAAUAUAUAGGGGAAUUCAAUUAAUAUCUGUGCGCAACCAUAAACGAUUGUUAAUGAAAAAUGAUUCGGAGCAAAGUUUAUUUUAUAUACGUGUACCUACAUUAUCCCGUUUUUCUUAUGUUUUUCACAGUUAUUAAAGCUAUUAUGAAAAUUUCUCAAAAAAAAAAAAAAAUUUUAGUAGAACUGUAUUUUUCGAACAUUAAAAGAAGAAUAAGCAUACACGAUAGUAAAGCCAAUACAAACCAAUACGAUACAUAACAUACAUUUAAAAAAAAAAUAAUUUUUAUUUAACUGUUUUUUGCUGCGUUCGAAAUUCAAAAUCACAGAAUAUAUAUCUGGGUAUAUUAUCUAUGACGAUAAACUGACGAUUACUGUCACGUCGUCUUUAUAACGAUAAUUUAUAAGUGUCCUUAAUUUCUCUUUUCAUCAUGUUACACAAAGUUCUUAUUUCUGAUUGGCUCAUUUACCAUUAUUUUAAGAUACGUAAUUACCAUUUGUGGUGGAUAUAUUUUGAUCGUGAUUACUGAGACGUUACUGUUGGAGUAAAAUAAACUAUUCAAAUCAUGGACGUUUUAAUCAAAGCGUUUAUUAUGCACUUAUUAUUGAAUAGAUAUAAUAGAUAUAAUAGAUAGGUAUGGCGUAUUAAUUAUUCCAAAAGGUACAAUCCAAUUAAUUCGAUUGUACAUGACCCGCCGAGUUGCGAAUCUUCACUUAAUUUUGAUGAUCACAACAGAAUUCAUGCUUAAUUCAUAGUGGCAGUACAAUAACAAAAAAAAAAAAAAAGAAACAUAAAUUAUACUAAUAUUACGUCAGUUUUUGGUAAUAUUUCAAUUUUAAAUCUAAAUUAUUAUUUGUGUAAACAUAUUUAAGUGUAGCUAGGGUUAGUACUUGUUUAUGAAAUUUGUAAUGUGUCUACUAUAUUUCGCUUAAAAAAACCCACAAACUAUCGUCAUAGGUGGAGUUCUCCUAUUUCAAUUUGUUAAUUAGUAAUUUUACUCCAAUUAUAAAUUACAACAUUAUAACGGUACAAAUAUGAAGCUAUAUUUCUCCCUUCUCCUUAAGUCCAAUGCAAUGAGGUUCAGUGUCGGUGUGGCAUCGAAUCGAAAUAUAAUAAUAUGUUGUUCUACGUUGCACGGGAAUUUGUUUUUUUAAAUGAAAUUUACUUCAAACAUUUGUUCUGUAGUCGAACAAGUUGUUUUAACAAUUUAUUGGCACCUAAUUUAAUUUAUUUUUAAAACCUACUUACGCGUACUUAAACUUUUCGUUAGUUUUUUAAGUGUUUGUAUUUUAAUUUAUGUUGGCCUAACUAAUCAGUUACAUACAAUCUUAAUUCUCAAUGGAUUUAAAUGAAAAUCUAACGGUUACCGCUACUUAUUGUUCAAAAUUUUCCUAAAUUAUUAUUUGUUUCAUAUGUUACAUUUUAAUGUUUUGAAAUUUAAAAUUCACCACUAUAAUAAACGGUUUCUUAUCAUCGCAGAUGCCCAAAUUAUUGCACAAAUGCAGUUUUACACUUUAUGCUAUUGUUGUUUUAUAUUUUGUUCUCUAUAUUUCUUGUCAUUUUAAAAAUUAUCUGUAUUUUUUUUUUUUUUAUGACUCUCAUCUUCUCUUUUAUAUAUUAUACAGUAAAAUAAAUCCUGAACUAGUCGACUAUACUAAAAUAUUUUUAUUACCAAAAACAUAAAAAAAAAAAAGUUCACAGAUGAAAAGAAAUAAAAUAAAAUUUUUUUUUUAUACACCUAAUAGGAUAUACAUAUAUGUAUAUUUUAUAUACGGUUAUAACACUCGGUUUUAUUAAUUCUACGAAUGUUUUAAACAUUACUCGUCGUAUUUUGAGAGAUCCGCACAUACGUUAAAUUAUGCAUUUAAAACUCACACGCACACGCAUCGAAAAAUGGAAAUGCAAAUAUUUAAUCAAAUCGCGUUUAAAACCAAUAUGAUUUCAAUCAUUUGAAUGUAUUUUAUCUAUCGCCAAAUGCAUGCAAAUGUUUACGUAAAGAUUAUUAGAUUAAAUUAUUCCAUCGUAAAAACCAACUUAAUAUGUUGUUUUAUAUACCUAAUAAAUAUAUAUCAUAGCAUAUGCUUUUUUAACUCAAUUAUGAAAAAAAUAUAGGUAGGCACCUAUCCUAUUUGUAUAGCAAUAUUCCUAUAAAAAUAGUAUAAUCUGAACGCAAUAUUUAAACACAUCAGUAUUUUUUUUAAAUAUAUUUGUCUACGUUUAUAACGAUUAUAACCUAGUUUUUAAUAAUGGUUACAGCACUCUGAAGCCACUUUAAAUUGCAAAUAUAAUGUUAAUGGUAUAGGUAUUAUAUAGUUACGGUUAUAAGAUUUCAUAUAAAAUUCAACGGUCUCAUAAAAUAUAUAUACAUAUAAUAUAAUAUGUUCUGUGGAUUUUAGUAGAAUUUUAUUUUUACUUAGCAAGCCUGAUAAUUUUUUAAUGUUUAAUGCAGUAUAAAUAAUAAAUUCUCUUUGUUAAUUUUUCUUUUUUAGAUUCUGAACAAAGGACCUAUUAGUUUUAGAAGCAUAUUUUUGUUUUUGUUUUCUCAGAAAAUACUUUCGAUUAGUAAAAGUGCUCUGAUUUUUCACGUAUUACCUUAAGAGAUUUUUCGACAGUUAGCAUUUUUUUUGACAAUAUUAUCAAAAUUAUCAAUAGUUAUUUCUAAAAAUUGCUUUAAAUAAUUUUUUUUUUUAUUUUUGAAAAACUUUUUUAGUAAGGCUAAGCUUUUAGACAGUAGCACAAUCAUUUCUGCCAGGUAGUAUUUUGUUUGAAACAUUUAUCGAAAUUCUAAGCAGUUUAUACAAUUACAUUCCAGGUUGUUUUAUUUUUUUUUUCCGAGUUAGGUACCUAAUAAGCUAUAAAAGAAAAACACGAUUAAUAUUAAUAUUACUACUGACUAAGAAUGAUUUAUCUGUGUAUAUGUUUCAUUAUUAAUACUUGAUGUGAUGAAAUGAACGACAAAUUAUAGUAUAAAUUUAUUAUUAUUUAUUAUUUUUAAUAAAUUUAGUAAGAUAAAAAUAUGUAGGGUGUGUGUUAUACAUGUGUUUGUUAAUUUUUUGUGUAUGUUGAGUUAUCACGUAAAACAUAAUAGAUUAUGUAGCAGUGAUUUCACAUCUUUCAUUUUUUAUGAAAAAAAAAAAAUAUAAUAUAAUAAUUGUUAAACAUAGAAUUUUAGAAUAUAAUAUAGUAAAAAUAAUAAUGUAAAAAUUCUUCAUAAUAGUUAUUAAAAACAUGGAAUUUUAUAAUAAGAUAUAUAAUAAUUAAUUAACUAAUUUUACAAAAAAUAUAAUAUUCGGGAUAAUAUUUAACUUAAAUAAUAAAGUUUACUUUCUUCUUUAUUUCAUAUUUAAUUAUUUAUUUUAUCUUAGGAUUAGUAAUACCUAAUCUAAUAUGUUGUUUAUCUUCCUCUCCAUACUUUGUAACUACAGGACUUUUAAUGGUUGGAUUUACUUUGUUUACCUUUUUAUUCGCUGAUAUAUUUCCCUCAUACAGUAAUGAUUUUCUUUUCCUUAUGCGAAUAACAUUUCUCCUCAAUAGUCUUCCUUUGUUUUCUAAUUUAAUAAAAUGAGAUCUGGGAUUUUAUGACUUAUUUACUACUUCACCUUUUCUCAAGUAUUAUUUUUAUAAUUUUAUUUAUGUUAUUAUAAGCAUUAUUAUUAAAUAUAGAUUUCAUGUUUUCUAUAGUGAUAGAAUUUGGUACGAAAAUUACGGUUCUAUAGUAAUAAUGCAAGUGUAUAGUUUAAAUUAGCCAAUUUUGAGUUUAUAUAAUUUAAUAAAUAAAGUUUUAUAUUGAGGUUUUAAUCUUAAAAUCCCAUUCCUUUGCGAAUUUGUAGAAUUAAGUACUUCCUAAAGGCAUAUUAUCAGUUUUAAAUUCUAAAAAUGUAAAAAAACAGUGAUUUUAAUUCAGAAAUUAUUGUUGCUGCAUUUUUAUGAUUAUUUUUUAUUAUUUCAAGCCAACAUGAAUAGUAGUCUACUACUAUCAAAUAGGAUAAACACCGCUAUAUCCAUUCCAAUAUUUAUGACAGGCUUUUUUGGUAUUUUAUGACAUAAAAGAAUUUGUUUGAUUUGAGAUCAUUUUAAUUUUUGAAUUUAUGAUAGAUCAUACAAUCUUCAGUUAAAUUAAUAAUAUCUGAGUUAAUCCCUGACCAGUUCAAAGUUAGCUUAUUAGCUAUAUAAUUUAGUUUGUCUGGACUUAAAUUUGUUUUAUGUAUUAGUUCCAAAACUGUUUUUCUUAAAUUCUUAGGUAUUAUUAUUUAAUUAUUAAAAUAAACUAUUUUAUUAUCUAGGUAUAUUAUCUCUUAUGUUAAAAAAAUACUUUUAAUCUUCUGAAAUUUUUGUAAUUAUAUUAUUUGGCCAUUCUUCGUUGUUAUAUCUGACAACUAAAUUAAACACUUUAUCAUCCUGACUUCCGAAUCUUUUUAUUACAUUUUUAAUAAAUAAUCAGUGAUGAAUAAUUUUGGUCUAAGAACAUAUUUUAAUUUUGUUUAAAACAUUUAAUCGAGACACCGGGACGCUUUUCACAAAUACGAGAAUAUCCCAUAUAGUACGGAACGUAUUGGGAUCCCUAAACGGAUAAUUUACUCUUAUUUUUGUUGACGUAUUAAGAAAAUAAUUUAUUUCUUAAUAAAAUUUAAAUUCAUUUUUUAUUCAAUAUGAUAUAACUAUUCAAAGUGAAUUAUUAAGGUUAAAUUUUGUUAUGGCUGUUUUAUUACUAGAAUAUUAUUGUUAUUAUUGAAAAUGGAGUUUAUAUGACAAUAAUUCUUGAAAUUUGUUGAGUUGUUUUUUUUAGUUUUACUAAAUUGUCUAGUUUAUCCCCACGUAUUUUUGAUGUGUACAUAUUUUAUCUAAUAUCUAUAUUAAAACUUCAUUUUUGAUUUGUUAUUCCUAUUAUGUCCGAAUAAUUUUUGUAAUUAUAAUUGAGCUACGAGUUCUCAAUUUCGAAUCUAUAUGAUUCUUUAACCUAAAGUAGCUUAUAUUUUAGCAAAUAUUAAGUUAUGAUUAUAUUAUGUAAACAAUGAUACGUUGAUAUUAUAAGUUUGGCUGUUCUUAGGAUAUUCCUGUCUGGGACCAAAAUCCGCGUUUGUUAAUCACAGCGUAUUGCUAUAUAAUGCAUUAGGAAAGGGAAAUUCGGAUAAAUGUAGGAGUUUGUGUUUGACCGAAAGAUUGCAAUGACCCAUGUUAUAUAAUUUAUAGAUUCGGUUUCCGUGUUCUGUGUGGGUGUGAAAGUCUUGAUGUGUGUGUCUAUUAAGUAUUCAGGUGUUCAUAACUUCCUCGUACUCUGUUGACUUUGACUAAAGGAUUCGAUUAGAUUUUACUUGAAAAAGGUUAUCUCUUUUUUUUUUUCCUAUCCGGAUCACCAUAAGGAGUAACAUUUCGUUUUUAGGCCUUGCACGAUUUACUCGGACGAUACGUGCAAUGGGUAUGACAUAAUAAUUUAAAAGUUGUAGAUAAAAAUUAUUUCUUACCUGUUAAUUGGAGAAUUUUAUAUUUUUUACAUAGUUUCAACAAAAAAAAAAAAAAAAAAUUAAAAAUGCCUUUACCUUUUUAAUCCAAGAUAAUUUCUGCAAAAGUCCCUGUGACUGUAUGUUCACAAUUCGUGAAUUUUAAAAUGAGUAUAUUAUUUAUGGUGUAGGCUCGAUAGCUAAAGCAGGACACACCUAUAAAAACUUUGCGUAGAUAUUCCUCUGCUGCAAAUAAUAUAAGCAAUAUAUAUUAUUUAAAUAUUAGUAAAACCUUAUCUGAAAACUUCGUAAUUUGACGGCAGCUUGUGAUACUUGUUGGACCGUUAUUCGAAAUGUUCUCUAAUCUGAUUUAAAACAUUAAACCCACCAAUUAUCUACAAAAAUUAAAAAUUAGUUUCAUUAUUUUGAACGAUAGAAAAUAAAAAUAUCAAGUGAACGAAAUGGCACUCAUUUAACAUCAAAACGCUUGAAAUAAAAAUUACAAGGUAAUCUUCUUAAAAACUAAAACAAAUACAUUUCCGUCUAGUCUUAUAUCGAAACAAAUAUGUUUUAAUAACUAUUUAUUACAAGAUGAAUUGUAUGUUUAAAUGCCGUCUUAUUAUUCAUUAGGACUAUUAUUUGUUUCGAACUUUCGAUUAAAUUUGAUAAUAAUCGUUCAAAUAAUAGCACCCACUUAUAAAGAACAUAUUAAUUAUACAUAACAUAUGAUUUUUUUUUCAAAUACAGUUAUUUAGAUCAAGAAAUAAAAUAAUUUAGAAAAUCCUCGUAUUAUAUAAACAUAAAAUUAUAAAUCAAGUACAAAUAUACAUUACUAAAUAAUACAUUUUUCCAAUAGAUAAUUCGACUAUUUUCAUAAAAAUGUAGAUGUGUAAUCUAUAUUAACAUGUCGUUUAUUUUUGUGUUAUUUUAGCGAUUGUGAUAUUUCAUCUUUGUUUUAUCACGAGUGCCUGGCGAAUGGAUCUUCAUAACAAUACAGUAAAAGGAUCUUCGCUUUCUCUAUUUCAAAAAGAGGUAAGCAAAUAUUUUUUAUUCGACUUAGGGUAUUUAUUAUGGUAAUUUCCCAAAAAAAAAAAAACGGUUAUAAAACAACAUCCAAUGUAAGUAGGAUAUAAAAGCUGGUACUAACUCAGAAUUAUGAAUUGAGAAUCGAGGAUUGUGGAUUGAAAAUUCGGGAUCAAACUACAAUGUCCAUCACAUACUCGGCUUAUUUUUAUCACUGUAGGCCCCUUUUUUCCGAUGCAUAAUAAUAUAUCAUUGUAUUUUUAUUAUUUUUUUUUUUUGAGGGGGGGAAGGAAUUUCAUCAAUGAUCAUAUGAUAUCAUUUACAGAUAUUUGUUAUAUACUAGGUGCUUAUAUAAUAUUAAAAGGCAUAUAACAUAUCAUAUUAUAAUAAAUAUAAUGUCUCCGAACAAAUCGUGGAAUAAUAAAAAAAAAGUUGAAAACUUAUUGAUGACAAAAAGACAAAGAAUGGAAAAACUUUAUUUUUUUUUAUUUGUAAGAAAAGAUGUCAACGGGAAAUGGUAUUAUCAAUCUUUUGUACUGCAGGAAUCCGUAUAGAGUUUAAAAAAUUAUCGAGUAGAUUUUAAUUAUUCCGUUUUUCUUUUGUCUUGUAUAUUAAUUUAGUGCGUUAAUAAGAUGUCAAGAAAAAUGCAAAGUAGCUGUUUUUAAACCUUAAUGCAUUUUUCAAUGUUUUAAAAAACACGGCGCUUAAUGCGUGUUUGUACCUUUAAUAAUAAUAAAAAUAACAAUAACAAUAAUAAUAAUAAUAAUAAUAAUAAUAAUAAUAAUAAUAAUAAUAAUAAUAAUUUAUAUAUGCAAAUAUUAAACUAUUAUCCGUUACAUUAAUAAUAAUAUAAGUGUUCAUGUUAUUAGAAUUUAUUCUUGAACAUUCUGAUAACGUGUUAUCCCUUUGGUUUACGAAUUUCCAAAAGCGUUCGAAUAUGCAUAUUUAAAACGGUUCGAAAAGGGGAUAAGAAAUAUUAAUCUUAUUGAGCGUCAACCUCUUUCCGACGAAAGCGUAAAUAUAAUCCCGAAAAAUAAUAUAUACGAAGAGGUUGUCGGGGUUUGUAGUUUACAAAACGGCGGAAUUAUGCUGUAUCGCAAUGUUAAACGCGGUAUAAUUUUUUUUUAUUAAAUUAUUAUUUCUUUGUACGUGUUUAGAGACAAUUACAAGACGAAAAUCAUCUAGAUCCCGUAAAGAACGCAGCGGACAAUGAAACACAGAGGUCAGUCAGAAAAAGUGCUGCGAUAUAUAAACCCGAAACCACCACGAGUAAGUAUUAUUUUUUUAAUCUUAUUAUUGUAAAAUAUCGUUAGUUAAAAUGCAUGGUAUAAUUAUAUUCUACACACCCUAAUAAAAUAAAUAUUACAAUUUAUCUAUAAUAAAAUGGAUAUAUUAAUAUAAGAAUAUAAUAUUAUUUAUUUAUAUGCGAAAAAGCCCGAAUUUAAAUAUUUACAAGAAUAUUAAUUUUAAAUAUAUAAUACAUUGUAAAUUUGAGAUUUUAAUACACUUUAUAAGAAAGUAAAAAAAUUUUUGGAAGUUAUGUUCAACUUACUUCAUAAACUUAAGGAUAAUAAUAAUGAUAGUAGUAAUGAUAACAAUCCUUAAUCCGUUCGUUAAUUUCAUAUUUCUACACAGACUUCUAUGUGUAGUAUAGAAAUAUGUGUAUUUCUAUAACACAUAGUUAUAUUAUUACUUCAUACGCGCAUAAAUUGGUUUAAUAACGUUUUUUAUUUAUUUUUUUAUUUGUAUUUAUAUAUUUAUCUUUUUAUUAAUAUGUAGGCAAUUAAACCAAAAUUACAAUGUUAUCUGUAACCUGAAGAUGGUAAUAUACCGAAACUGUGAAUUUACCAAAAUAUAACUUAAAUGUACACUUUAAGUCUAGUUUUUUAUAACAUUUUUUUUUAUAUACAUAUAAUAUUUUAUAAUUUAUUAUGCAUUUCUUAAUAAUUCAACAUUACCUUAUGUAACCGCGAAAAUUAACCAUCGUGAUAUUUGAUUGGAGCUAAAUAUCAUUCAGUGAGGGGUUAAAAUUUCUCUAUUGAAAUUAAACCACCCAGCCACCCUCGGUAUCAUAGAAUCAAUAAUAAUUUUCAUACUGAAAAUAUUUUAAUAUUAUAACCUAAAAAAAUCAUAUUGAAUGGAUUUGAAUAAAAUUGUACAAUAUUGGUUUCUUAGUUUUGUGUGUGUGUGUGUAAAGUUAUGCGAUAAAAAAUAAAUAAUACUUUUUCUUUUCACAGGCCGUUAAUUUAAUAUCCUCAAAAAAUACUGUCGGUACAUUUGUUUAGGUAAAUAUAUUUGAGGCGCUUAGAACACAAGGGGUUUAAAUUCAAUUUUUAAAAAAUCUGAAUUAAGAGCACGGCUGAACUAAAAAUAUUCCAUGUUGUUAAGAAAUAUAAAAAAAAUAUUUGACAUAUGCUGCAAUCUAGUAACAAAUACUAGAUCUCAUAAAAAUAGUCUAAACGAAAAUGUCGUAACAUAUUAGAAGUAAAUUGGUACAAGGGUCGAGGCAAAUCGCAGUCGUCGCAAAAAAUACGUUGCCGAUCGGUCGUACGAGUACAUUUUAAAAGGGUACAUUAUAUCCAUUACGUAAACGAGGUCGUAUCAAAUAAAAUAUGUAUUAAACAUUUCGCUUAUUAGGUACUCGAGUUCGUAUAUCGAGAAUAAAUAAAACAAAAAGACAUUUUAAAAAACAACUGCACGGAGUUAGACAACUUCUGACUGACAUAAAAUUUGUCUACGAAGGACAUUUCAAUAGUAAUUUCUGUAGAUACGAGUAGUAUGGGUGCUACUUUGAUAAACGCAUGAUGAUGAAUACUCAAUCGAUAAUUCUAUCACCGAUUAUAAAAUUAGGCCUGUUAUUCAAUUAUUUUGGUUUUACGGCUAACUAAUAGAAGGAACAAUAAAUAUAUUUGUUUGAAAAAUAAUUGUUUUCAAGUCGUUUCUUUUUAAUUCGUUAUCCAUUUACCAUUUAAGUGUGACUGUUAACAAGUGUGAUUAUUUAUUUGUUCGGUUCAUUUUUAAAAUUUAAAGUUCUAGUAUUUUAUUCAUUAAAUUCUCAUACUCGUGAACAGUUGAACAUUCUACGCUACGUAUUUCACAUAAUUAUAACAAUUCAAUUAUUUUAUUUUCGUUAAAAAAAAAAAAAUAAAUGGAUGUGAUACAAUAUAAUUAAUAAGAUUAGUUAAUAAAUUAUAUUAUUGAAUCGUAUAAGGAUAAAAUAAAUAAUUGAAAUUUGGUAUUUACAAUAGUUUGCAAAUUAUACAAAAAUCCAUAAAUUCGAUUUUUAGUUCGUCAAAAAGUGACCAACAAAUUAAAAAAAAAAUAAAAUUUAAAAGUGUAAUAUUCUUGUAAUAAUAAUUGUAGCACAUAAAAUAUUAUAAUAAGGCAAGAUAUUUUACUGUAUAAUUAUUAAGAAAUAUAUAAAAUUAAGAAAGAACAGAGGUGAUUCUUAAAAUGCCAAGUCAGUCUUUUACACAAAUAUGGUUAGACGCAUAUAAUUGUAUGUUUUUUUCAAUUUGAAACAAAUGUUCCUUGAUAUUUAAAUCGACAUAAAUAUAUAAAUAUAUAUUUUUUUUAUUUAGCAUUUUUGUGAUUUCUGGGUUCAAAAAUUUUGUAUUUGCCACAGUAUCUAUAAUAGUAAUUGCAUAACGGAUAAAAAUGGUAACGUUCGCAUAUUAUAAAAAAAAAAAAACAUGCUUUCAAAACCUAUACGCAUUACUAGCACUUUAUUACGACGUUUUAUUAUUAGGCUAUUACAGCUCCUGGGAAAAAUUACCGAAACGGCUGGCAUAUAGAAGUAUAAUAAUGUUUUAUUUCAUUGAAAACCAUUUAACUAUGCAUAAUAACGUCAGCUACAGUCACGUGACUUUUUUAAAUUAUAUACCGUAAUGACGUAAACGGAAGCCAGGAGAAAUAAUCCGAUUUUAGGGGAUUAUAGCGUUCGGUUCGCUAUGUAGCCUCUUCUCGAACGGUCAGGUGCAUUUUCAUGAAUACUCGAUAGUUUGAAAUUCGACGAUAUCGACAAGGAGGUAGUGUAUAUAUGUAUAGGUAAGUUAUUCCACAAAAUUCGAGUGGUGAAUAGGUGCAAAGUGGUGAAUAGAUAAUCCUGUAGGGUCGAUGAGGUUUUGCCCUCAAGGGUAUAAAACGGAAGAAGGAAACUGGACUAUAUCGAAUAAUAUAUUAAUUAUUGCUUGAAUACAAUAAAUUCGCAAAAUAUUUAUCUUGGCUUUAAAAUAGGUGAAAAAUCUUCGCUUAUUUAGAAUUUUCUUAUUUUAAUUGAUUUCAUUGUUUUAAACUUAAAUAAUUUUCACUAAUCUGCAAUUUUUUAACAUGAAAUAAAAAAAUAGUUGAUACUGCCUAUAGUUGUAAUAUUAUCGUAAAUAGAAAAGUAGGAUUUAUUAAGUAAUUGAACUAUUAUCUAUACGAAAUGAUAAAUAAUUGCUAAUAAAAUAUGAUUCUGAGUUUGAUUUGUUUAUGUUUGUUUAGAAAUGGAUUUAUUAUUACAGUUUCCAUUGAAAUUUGAAUUUCAAAAAACGUUAAAAAUAAAACUUAAGAUAUUGGGUAGCUCAAUUUUUUUGAUCGACUUUUCAAUUUGUGUUAAUUUAUUAAACAUUUGUGUUCAGCCGAAAAAAUUGUAUUUGCAUAAAACCAAAUAGAAAUUAAAGAAAUUCGAAAAUGUCGACAAAAAUACAUAUAAUAAAAAGAUCACAAAUCACCAGAACGUUUUGAAAAAUGUUGCUAUGUUUAGAAUAGUGCAACACGAGAAUUCUGUGACAGUUCUAAGUUUUACAGUUAUUUUUUAUCUAAUUACAACAACAACAAAAAAAAAAUCAAUCAUACUGAAAUGGUUUUUUUCCAUAAACUUUACUGGUUUUCUACGUCUUUUCUGAGUUCACUAUUAUUAAGAAAACUGCAUAUUUAUUUAAAAAAAUGACUUUCUCUUGCAUCAACUAUAGAUUCAAAAACUAAAUCCAAAAUUUCAAAAAAAAAAAAAAAAACACUUGUAUUUUUUUUUUAUUUUAUCCAUAUUUCUGGUAAAGAGUUGUUUAAAGAAAAAGAAAGAAAAAAGUCUCACACAUCAGAGUAAAAUCAAUACAUUCCUCACUGCGCUCUGAAUAUAAUAUAUAAAACUGACACUCGUUUGGUUUCAACAUUUUACUAUUUGUCUGUUUUGUUGAUUUCGCUGGUUUCGUUUACGUUUGGAUUACAGUAAAUCACAUUUGUCUCAUUUGAAUUAUAAUUUAUUUUAAUUUUUAAACGUUAUAAUGUUAAAUUCACACGGAUUUAUCGCUCUUUAUUUAAAUAAACCAAACCGUAAUAUACAUAAUAUUAAAACUUAUCUAUCGCAUAUCGGUAUUUAUUAUUCAUAAAGUUAAAUACAUAAAUGUUUAAGUUUUCAAAUGAUGAGAUAAAGUCUGAAAUGUAAUACUAAUGCGCGAAAACAAAAGUUUAAAAAGAUUCUGAAAACGUGGUGGUAUCCAUUUGUUUCUUAUUAUGGUUUCCGCUGCCUCACUAAAAGCCUACAAUUAAUCUACACAACGUCCUAUCUUAUAAUAUCAUUCCGGAAUCCGAAGUAGGGUGAAACAUGAUUAUUUAAAUGCGUUUACUGAAAACCAUUGCCGGUGGGAUUUCUAAGGUGACGCGAAUAUUCGAUUUCGUGUGAAAAUGACGAUGGAAAGCCUUUGCGCCGCGCGCAGUCGACCUUUCAGAAACACAAAAUACCUACCGAACGUUAACGUCUCGUUAACGACCUAUUUGAUAUUAUAAUAGUAUUAUACUUGUGAUAAUAAUAAAUUAUUUGAUAAUUAUUAUGACGCAAUACAAAUUGUUAUAAUAAUAUAUACACAGAAUCUUCCAAACUGCCUGUACAGUUAAUUACAUAAUGGAAUAAAUUUUUUUUUUUUUUGUUUUUUUAAUGCCGAAUAUGAAAAUUGUAUGUAAUUAUAUAUUGCCCUUUUACUCCCUCUUAUGUUUGGAAAUAAAACCAUUAUCGCAUUUUAUUUUCGCAGAGGCUUUUUUGAAAAAAAUAAAUAUUUCAUCGCAAAAUUGAAUGAAUAAAUUAAAAUUAAGAAGGUAACAGUUAUUACAAAGCGGCGAAGACCUACUGCUUAAAAUUUUCGCGAUCAUGUAGAUUUUAAAUACAUACACGAUUUUUCAAAUUUCAUAUACAUGUACACGGUUCCGCAUGAUUUCAAAUACAACGUUGCUAUGUAUAAAUAGGUAUACUACUAAAAGAUAAUUCAUUACAAACCGCGUUUUGUGUGUCCGAACUUUAAAGAUAUAUUUUGGAAUUAUAACAGUAUAAUAAACUUUAAUUAAGUCAAUACAUAUAGUUUUGUCGAUAAAACAUAAAAUCAAUGACCUUAUUAGGAUGUACAAAUUAUCUUAAAAAAAUGAUAACAAAUUGUUAUUUCUUAAAAAAAAAAAAAAUGUUCAUAAAUGCAGUCACAAUAAUGUUUAUUUAAAUGCACCUAUAACCAUUUAAUAUUAUUAUCAAUUCCAGAGUUUUUUUGUAAGAGAAUUAGUCCCACCUUUUUAGGAGAUGUUAAAAUGUGUACAAAUUAUUAUUUAUGUCGUUUACUGGUGUUAUGUCACACAUUGAAGUCGUUUUUCUUUUAUAUUUUUAACUAGAGCAAACAAACUUAAUGGCAGCGAUUUAUUUAAAAUUUUUUAUAAAUCGUAUGCACAGAUUGUCCCACGAAGAUAUAGCCAUUGCAGUAUUCUCCUGAAAUAAUAAAAAUAAGUAAUUAAAUUCUGUUUCUUUAUGUUACUCGCAGGGAUAAGGGAUAGUGCUUUUCAGUAUAAUUAAGAAAACAAAAAAAAAAAAAAAUGAUGGCAAUGGCGAUUGAAUUAUUUUAAAUUUUUCGGGUUCUGUUUUCUACCAACCAAAUUAUUAUGAAUUUCAAAAAUCUCAUUUUUUUUUAAAUAGAAAAUUGUAUUGUUAGUACUUUACAUAGUCUUUGUCUAUAUAGUUUAAAUAAUAGUUGAGAAAAACUGGAAAAAUAGCAAAGCUUACGACUUUACAAAUUCGUUAUUAUCGUUAUUGAUUUUUGUUGUAAUUCGGAUAACCAUAAGAGACCUAUAAUUUGUAUAGAAUAGUUUAAUAAUUUAGCCUUUUCUAAACGAAUUAUAAAAUUCUGACAUCCUUGAAAAUGCUUGAAAAUUAAAUGCGAUAAUUAUUUUAUUUUAAGUUAAAUUUUGUGAUAAAUAAAAGUUGAGCGUUAUGUAGAUUUUUUUUUAUAAGGGUUUUAAGAUUAAAUUUUGACGGGAAAAAAAAUAAUUUUGACAUUUAAAAACUCGUGUAACCACAUUUAGAAUCUUUUUUCGUUAGCUAUGUUUCUAGUUGAGAAUAGCUAUAAAUUAAAUAAAUCUCUAAAUUCCAUUAUCCUACCAUAUUUAAGCCGACAUAUCCAUUAGCAGUAUCCACACUCUUUUAUUUUAUGUUUAACGAUUGUAGAUUAGUGAAAAUUAGGAUAGUAAAAUUUAAUAAUACAAUAUUAAAUACCAUUAUACAAUGUUAUAUUAGGGUUACCAAGUGAAAACCAGAUGUUAUAACCAUUUAAGAAUUCAGCGUGUCCAAUGAGAACUUAAUAAUAACUUCUAUAAUAUAUCAUUUUUCCAAUGGGAAACGAUUUGAGUUAAAUUUUGAAUUUUUUUUGUUUCUGAUAAAAAUUUUUUUAUACAUUUCCAUAAUUUCCAAUUAUUUUUCUAUAAUUUUUUUAAUAAUGUCUAUUAUUUUUGUAUUUUAUAAAUUUUCAAUUGGUUUUUUUUUUUAUGAAAUUGGUUUCAGAUUUUCGUCCUCAGGAUCAAAGAAUAGAGACAUAUCAUCGAUAUUAAAUUAGGUUUUAUUUAAUUAUUUAUCAUAUAUUAUUAUUACUAUCAUGUGACUAUAUAUUAUUGAGAAUAUUGAGACUUAAGUCUUAAUAUUAUGUUUAUCGGCUAGAGUAGGUAGUUAAUGGUUGUUAAAUAAAACGAAUGUUUGUACCGUAAGUAUAUAAUAUAAUACAUUACAGAAAACGCAAUAUUACAAUUAUUUAAUGUUUAUUUUUUGAAUAUUCAAUUAAAUGUAUCGAACAGUUAAUACUAUAAUAUAUUUUCUAGGUAUAGCUAAUGUUUGAAUUAUUAAAAAUGCCGUGUCCAUUUACACAACAUCGCUAUUGUUUUAAUUUUCUUCAUUUAUUUUUAUUCGAGUCAGCAUAAUAUUUUACGAAGUAACAGCCAGCCAGUCGAAUAGAGAUAUCUUUCAUUAAUAAAAAUGAUAAUAAUAAUAAAUACAAGUUUAAAAUUGAUAAAACAAUAAUUAUAUUCUUUAUAAUGUUUUAUUAAAUCCAUGUAAACCUUAAAAAGGACUUAUUAUAUUGCUGAUGGGUGUGCCACUAUCAUAAGUGGUAAAUUAGGAAGGCAAAACACAUACAAUUAUUUUAUUUAUAUCUGUUAAGAAAAUGAUUCUUAUAAAUAUUCAACGAAAAAUGUUUUAAAUAUUCAUAAUUUUUACGAUUUUCGCUUUUUUUGAACUAUAGAUAUUUACAUAAAAAUGAGAUCUAAAACGCAACAAAAAGCUCUUAUUACUUUUUUUUUUGAAGCAAUAUUUCUAGUAAAAAGUUGUUCACUAAGGAAAAAUUAAAAAAUAUAAUACAUAAUCCACUCUGUGCGUUGCUUUAGUGCAAUUUACUUUGGUCAGCAAUACCAAUUCUGUCUAAAAUACCUCUACACUACUGUCUACAACCACCCCUUGCAACUUAAUUGAAUCACACCAGGUCGCUUUAUAUUAUAUUGCACGAUUUAAACAUUUAAAAUGCCUGUAAAUAACUCAAAAAACGUUAAAAUGUUCUCAGAAUAGUAUUACAUCGAUAAAAGACUAAUAUAUUAAAUAAAUAUUAUUUAUUUUAUGAAAAUCUUUAAUUUUCAAUCGAAUAAUCUUAAAAACAGACUGAUAUACUUCACAUGAUAUGUUAACAACUAUUAUAGAUGAAAUGUUGAGAAGGAAGGAUAUAGAGAGGAAUUUAAUGUAUGUCUGUAUGCAAAAAUCAAUCAUUGAUAACGAAAAACGAUUCUGAUUUGAGAUUUUUUAACGAUAUAUAUUUAAUAUUAUAGUAAAUAAAUUUAUAUUGAAACAAUUCAUAUAGACCAGUAACUAUAUUUGUUUCACAUAAUUUUUUACUAAAACGAUUUUCGUCAAAAUUCGAUAAUAAAAUUCGUAGAAAAAAAAUAAACUACAUCAAAUUAAAUAUUUAUUUUUUUUACCAUAGAAUACGACUUUCAACUAACCUCCUGUUUAAUUUCCAAGCAUUUAUGUUUAGUUUAACGUUAUCCACUGUCUACUUACUAAAUAAAAAUUUAAAAAUAUAUUUAAAAUGUUUUUAACUGAAAUUUAAAAUAAUUAUUUUUGUAAGUUUUCCUGUUUUCGAUAUUUCAUCCUAAGUUUUCUCAGUUAUUGUGAAAACCAUUUUGAAAAUCAAAAUUACCUCCCUUAAUUACCUUGUAGAUAAAAUUUCCUUUCAGAAAAGAUGCUGCACUUAUACAUAGGAGUGAAACCGUACAUUUUCCUGUUUAUCUCGUUUUUUUUUCAUUAUUCUCAAUUAUAAAGAUAACUGAAAAAAUAUGUAUAUAUUACCUCCUAAAUGCAUUAAUUAUAUGCUUAUAUACAUAUCCAACGAAAAAUACCAUUUUCUUUUUUUUUAAUAGAACAAGAUGAUUGAUAGAAAACUUAUUUACAGACACUAAAAAAAAAAUCUUUCGUUAAAAUUUGAAAUUAAAAUUCUUAUAAAAAAAAUUCUACAGUAUAUUUAAUUUUUUUUUUUUAGACAACUGCGUUUGAAUUUUAAUGUACCCUUUGAUAAAUUGUUAAACGUUUCUGAUUAGUCUAAAAAUUUUAUCUGCAUAGUACCUACCAAAUAAAAAUUUCAUUAAAACCUCGCAUAAUUAAGAUGUCUAUGAAUAGUUUAAAAACGGCUUAAAUGUUUUAAAAAAUAAAUUUCCUUUCAGAAAAACUGGUAUCAUUGAGAAAAUCGAAAAAAAAUGGACGGUAGAAAAGUUGUCUACAGAAAAAAUAUAAACAUCAUUGUAAAACUAUAAGCUUUUUCGCUUUACUCAGAAUUUAAAAUUAAAAACAAUGAGAUCGGUAACGCCAUGUUUCGCUAUAAAUAUUUACUAUCUUGCCUACAGUUUUGUUUCUGGUUUUUUCUUGAUUAUUUUUAAAAUCCCUUGGUAAAUCAAAAAAUGACUUUUUUUUAUAACUAGAUAGAUAAAAAUUUCUUUGAGAAAAGAUACUACACUUGAUACAUGGAACAUGUCUCUGUACGUUAACAGACACACACACACACACAAACACAAAAUAAAAUCAUACGUUUUUAAAAAACAUUUAGAUCCCCUUACUCUACUCAGAAUUUAUAAUUAUUCUUUAUUGAAACGAAAAAAUGCUAUCGUACAGAAAAAAUUGUAUUAUUCAUAUAGCUAUGCAGUAUGUAUGAUAUUAUGAUUUAAAACAAAAAAAAAAGCAGCAUUAACCUAAAGAUCAUUUUUACUACCUAUAGGUAUAUUUUUCCAGAAAUUUUCAUUGAAAAACAUCGAUUUAUUAUAAGAAAUUAUUUGCAGUAUUGAUGUUAUGAGUAAAUCAUUUUUGAAUUAAAAUAUAACUUUUUUAAUUUUUUUUUUUUUUUGUCUUACAGUGAAUAAUAUCGUUGCAUCUCUUUUCCGAUUGACCCAGGAAGAAGACAACACCUGCAUCCUUUUGAGGGUGGACGCUGUAAUCGAAGUUAAAUUCCAAACUAAAUUGGGUUCUAACGACGUAUGUGUCAUAAUAUUAUUUUAUCGUAGUUUUAAUAUACGUACAAACGUACAUAUUUUUAUAAUAAUAUUUACUUAUUUAUGUUAUAAUAUUAUUACCAAACUGCAGCAAGCUGAUCUGUAUGUGCCCGACGACGCAGAAGUAAGUGGUGACUGUAGCAAUGAAGAUGAGGCAAAAUUAAUACUGAAAUGGAAGAAUUUCCAAUUUACUUGGGAAUUUUCAAAGGCAAGUAUUUCAUAAUUACUAUUUGUGUGUGUAAAAUUUAUAAGUAGUGUAGUACUAGUAUUUUUUUUUAAUCAAUAUAUAUUAUAAAAAAACAUAUAAUAAUUAAUAACUAUUCCGAAACUAACAGUCUUUGUUGAUUGUAUAAUUGAAUUAUAAAUGAUUAUAUUUAUAAUGGAUAUUAUACAAUACAUUUCAUGGCAGGUGAAAAAAAUUUCUAAAUCAAAGAAUAAUACACACUGUUGUAGUUGUACCAGUGUACUCUGUUAAUUUCAUGAAUUAAUCAAGAUCAUAUAUUAUUUAACAUAAAUUAACUAAACAGUGCUGUGUUAAAAAAUAAAACGGGCUCGAACUAUAAUUUUCCUUGAAACAUUUGAUUGACACGUUUUCAAUUUUAAUUUUUUGUUUGAUUUCUGAAUUUCCGAUUUGUGAAUUCCAAAAAUCAUAACAGGCAAAUCGAUUCAUAUUAUUGAUAACGUUUAUUGUGAAUGAUGUCUAAAGUCAUAAUGAUAAUUGAUAUUAUAAAUAGGUAUUUCAUAUAUAUAUUCUAUUUUAACUAUCAUUCGUUACGAUUUUGAUAUUUUAUAGAACAGUUAUCCGUAUUUUAUAGCAUAUAUUUAAGUAAGUAUUCAUGCAUUUUUAUCCUCACAGAAAUGUAAAAUUUAUUGCCAUCCACCAAGUUUUAUUCGGUAACGUGCCGACUUAACCCGGCCUUUCUGAGAAAUGAACAAUCAUAUUGUUUAACCACUAUAAAAAUUACUUUAAUGGUGGACAGAAAAAAAAAAAUAAUUACGCCACAAUAUGGUACAUAAAUUUGAGUUUACUUAAACUAAUAAAAUAAUUACAAUAUUAUCAUAAUAUAUCAGCUGCUGAAUUCUCGGACGGUCAAUAAAUUAAAUUUCAAGAGUCGUGUGGUCAUGUGAAAACAGUUUACCUAACCACUGAAAGAUAAUAAAAUAUUAAUAUGUUCAGCCGUUUAAUUAAACAUAUGAAAUAUAUGAAAUAACUUUUCGGUUUUUCAUAAACUUUAAGUUUUUAAUAUUAAUACAUUUGAAAUGAAUAUUUCCAGGAGUUUGGAAUUUGUUAAUCUUGAUGCGCUAUAAUAAUUAAUUUCAAUAAAAAAAAAUUCACGUAAUUAAAACCACCUAUAUAAGUAUAUAAUUAUAGUAAACAUAAAUUAUAUGAAUUAAUUAAACUAUAAGGACAUAUUGUAUUAAUUAAAAAUUUCGCAGUAAUACAUACGACAUUUAUCAUUUCAUAAUAUUGUAUGUAAUAAUAUACGUAAUUUAAUAUAUGAACCAUACAUUUAUUAUUUUCCACAUUCUCUACAUCUUAUAAUGUUAUAAUUUUAAUUCGAGGCUUAAACCGAGAUUCCAUUAUACCGUGCACCAUAUCCCGUGCAUUAAUCUACGUAUUCUGAUUGGUUGAACAAUUUUGUUGAUACUAGGUACUACCUGAUUAAUAUUUAUUGUACGUCGUCCAUAUAAAUGAUACCAAGAAAUUUAAUUUGAUUCAACUUUUCACGGUAUGGUAAUAGAAUUUUGUGAUGAUAAUUAUUAUUUCGUUUAUAUAAUGUAAAAAAAUAAAAUAAUAUCACAAACACUAAAAUUAUAAUAUGCUAGUAGAUAACACAGUGGUUGAUGUUUUUAAAAUAUGGACAACAUGUGAUAUAAAAUACACGGGAUACAGAACACAGUGUAAUGGAAACUCGGUUUUUAUAGCACUUCACGAAGCAAUUGGAAAUUAUCAUAUUUUUUAUUUCAAUUUAUGUAUUUUAUAUAUAGAAUAUCAAAGAAAUCAACAGGACGAUAAACAGAUUGUAAUUGAAUUUAACUAAAAAGGGGUGAGGGGGGUUGUAGAAAUUUUGAGAUUGGGCAUACAAAUACAUGCAAAUGACAUAUUAUAUAUUAAAGUCGUUAUUUUACGUAUAUUUAUACAUUGGAGGGGGAACAAGAGAGACGUCUCUCCAGCCAAAAAUUCUAACAAAAAAAGUUAUACAAAUUCCGGGUGUGACUUUACAAAUACAUACUUAUUACUAAAUAUUGAAAUGAAAAAAAAUAAAAAACAAUUCCCAAAAAGGCGGGGCCUUGCUAAAUAAUGCUCUGUAGGAUACCUCAGACGCGCAUAGGAACUUUGUACUUGUUUUUGUGUGUUAUAUACUAGCACCACAACAUGCAACUCGACGCUAAACGUGCCGCUGUGGAAUCUGGCCUAACAGUUCUAUUUUUUUCUUCUUUUAAUUUUGAUUAUUUUGGUUUUUUGCAUAUUUAGACAAAUUUACAGUUAAAUUAACACAGACAAGAACAUAAGAGUUGGACAACAGAGUAAAGAGGUAAAACUAUAUAAAAACUGUAAGGCGUAAACAAAAUCUGGGAUUUAAUUGUGGCUUACACUAAAUAUCAAAUAUGCAAAGAACAAAAAAAACCUAUAACUUUUUUUUUUUUUAACUAUCUUAAUAAGGAAAAACCACUUAAAUCAGUUUGAAAUUCUUACAUAUUGUACAACGAAAUACAUUUCCGUAGAACUCUACUUGAUUUAUUGACACGCAAAAAAAAAAAAUGAAUAAUAUUAAUAAUAACAAAGAAUACGCUAUAAUUCCCUGGUACAUAAUUCUAUAUAUGGAAAAACGGUACGAGAAUUUUUUGCGUUACUUGUCUCCCAAAGUGUAGGUAAAGUGUGUCAGAACGUAGAACUUUGUAUAUAUUUCAGUUGAGUGUAUAAUAUUAUUACAUACUAGAUUUAAAUUUAUGUUGGUUUUUUGGAACUGAAUUUAAUUUAUUGUUUAGUACAGCAGUCGGGUUGAACGCUAUAGAUAACAACUGUUACAACUACGCAGUCCGCAAUUUAAAACCGAACCUCAUUACGAAGACUCCGAUUAUCCAAACUCCCGUUAAAAUUUAAAUAUUUAUUAAGCUAUUACCUGCUAUUUCAAACUCAAAUAAUGUUCGCGUUUUUUUUUUUUGUUUGAUAAACUAUCAAUGUAUAGGGGAAUAUUUUUUAUCUUUGAUCUUACCGGAUACAAAGUUAAACUGUCUAAAUAAAUAUCUUUAAUACAUAGGUAACUAUAAUACAUUUUUAUAAAUAUAAUAUGUGAGUUGAUAUUAAAUGGUCAACAAAUAUGUAAUAAAUAUAUUUUCUCUCCUCUUUUUUGUUAUCAAUACUCAAAUUGGUCGGCAGUAUAUUAAAUUUGAUUGACAUCUUUGAUCCUUCAUGAUCAUAUUAUUAAAGAUUUGGGUCCAAAUGGUUCUGUACUUCAACACUAGCGCUUAUAUUAUAAUUAAUUUCAACAGACUUUCAUAUUAGAUUAUAAUAUAUUAUCUGAUUAUUAGGGCUCGAAAAUGAUGAAAGUUGCAAAUUGUUCUGUAGGCUCUCGAUUUAAAGCAGCCCAAGAUAGAAAUCCAUUCUAUAAAAUAGAUAUUUUAAACAUAGAACAUUUUACUAAACGAAUUUCUUAUCAAUUUUAGGGAAAUGUGGAUAGUACAUUUAUCCAUUUUCAUUUGUAUUUAUAUGCAUAUUAUAUAUAUUUUAAAUUAUACAAAUUAAUUAUAUUUUUUUUUUUUAACAACAUGUCCAACAUAUUAAUGUAACCUUACAACUCUUUAACAGCCACAGUCAUUGAACUUCAAUAGCCAUAAUUCUGAAUUUUUUCUCCUAAUCCGUUAUCCCUAGAUUUUUUAUAUCUAGGCACAAUCCACCGUUUUUUCAGCAUAUUUCUGAGUCUUCUUCCCGUUAGAACAUACUCAUUUAUCACCCUAACUAAAUGGUCAUGCUAUACAUUAUUUAUAAUAAUAGAAUUAUUUUGUUCCGCCAAAAAAUAGUUUUGAUUUAAAGUGUUUAAUCAGUACAAAUGCUCGUUCCGUUUUGAGCUGAUGACUGACUUUUUUAAAAUAUGUAUUUCAAGUAAUAUUAAGUAUAAAAUUCAAUAUUAUUUUAAGUAGGUAUUCAUUUAUUUCUUUAUUUCAGUGAAAGUUAUCGUUUUAUUUAACUUUCAAUUUUAUUUUGUACACAAUAUACAGACAAAUUUACAAUAUUUUUAGAUUCGGCGCUUAACGAGAGAUCCGUUGAUUUUAUGAUGUAUGUUUUUAUAUGUUUUUUUUUUUGUGUGUCUAUGAGCAUAUUUCUACCUGAAAUUUUCCUCUAAUGUAUCAAACAUUAAACAGUGUUUUAAAGUAUAUAAUAAUUUGGAAAGAAUGAAAAACAAUUAUUAAAAAGGCAACAAAUAUUUACGGCACGCCACGAUGUUACCUAUUUUAUUUUUUUUAAUUUUAAUGAACUAUAUGUUCUCUACCAGAAAUAUUGCUUUAAUCAAAAAAUGCCUUGCGAUCUUUAUUACUGAAUUUCGAAUCGAGUUGCUGAAUAAGUAACUUACUUUUUGGUUUUCCAAGUAGUUUUAAUAAAACGUAAAAUGAAAACUGACAAAAACGGAGUUUCUAUUCAUUAUUUUAAAUAUUUGUUUAUGUUUUAUGCUUUAUGUUUAUGAUGAAGAAUAGAACCGUAUUUUGAUUAACCGUGUAGUUUAUUAAAUAAUUAAGCGAAAUUGAAAAAAAAAACGGGGAAGAUUACAAAAUUAAUGCUUUUAUUAUUUUGAAUAAUUUUUUUUGUUGUAAUUCAAUUUCAAAUAUUCAUAGAGACUUGAAAUAACGACAAAAACUUAUGAUUGUUUUUUUUAAACGUGGUUUUAUUUUUAAAACAUUUGAGCUAUUUUUAAUAUUUUUAAAAUAAAUUGUACGUUAUUUAUUUUUGGUAGGUACUAUGUGGUUAAAAUUAUUUUUGAAUUACAGAUGCUUUAAAUUUUAACGGGGGAUUUAUUAUAAAUUUUCCCCUGUAAAAAAAAAAAAAAAAAAAAAAAAUGGCGUUUUAUGCAGUCUAUUUUUUUUAUACGUGUUUUAAUAUCAAAUUUUGAAACAACCAUUUUUUAAUAUUACGGCUUUUUAAGAAUGUACAACACAAUUUCACUAUCAAUCUUUUUUAUUAGAAAUACUUAAUUGUUGCUUACACGUACAAAUACGUAAAUAGAUAAAUUAAAUAAUUUUAUGUACCACGGUUGUAAGUGAGAAAUUAGGAAGGUGAAAUGAAUAUAAUUAUUUCAUUUACAUCUGUUUUCAACGAUAAACCAUUGCUUGAUGAAAGACGACACCGAGUGCAGUUUGGUAGUGCAUAAUUUGUUGUGCCGUAAUUUGUUUUGCGAUUUUCGUUUUUAAUUGAUUUCAAAACGCUUAUUUAAAAAAUAAAAAAAAAAAUUCCUAUGAUUUUAGAAAUUUUAUUUCGUCUAGAUAAGUUCAAUAUAAAUAUUAUUACUAAAUUCAAGUACGUGUAUUUAUAACUGUAUUACAGCAAAAAAACUCACAAAACUUAAAAUUCCUUUAAAGCUUAAAAAUAGAUCAAAUAUUUUGGCAAUGAUACCGUAAGAAAUUAAAUCAAAAAGGCAACAAAAAAAGGAUCCUGCGAUUCUUCGAAAAAAUCAUUUUUCUUGUAGAAAACGACGUCCAUGUGUCUAUGAAAAAAUAAAAUCGUAAAAUUGUAUGUUUUUCUACGUCUUAUCCCAAUUAAGUGCUUUUAUUUAAAAAAAUGGCGUCGAAAAUAAUAAAAUGACCCGUUUAAAAUACAAUCUUAUUUAAGAGAUUGAGCUUUUAGAAAAAUUGCUACACGUAGGAAUCGGAGAAAGUUUACUAGGAUAAAAUGGGUUUACAGACUAGGAGAAGAAAAAAAAGACAUAAAUAUCUUGGUAAAUCCAAUAGCUCCCUCCUAAACGCUACUAUCCGCAUAUUAAAUCUUUUUUGUUUUUUAAAACUGUUAUUUUGCAAACCUAUGUGAUAUAGCCACAUAGUUUCGUUAACGGUUUCACGUAAAAGUCAUUAUUAAUGUUAUAUUUAACUAUUAUAGUAUUUAACGAAUACUAUUAACUUUUGUUAGUGCCAUCUGACACAAUUAUUUUUGCAACAUAACUUUCUCACCAAAGAGCAUGGAUAGUAUUAACUAUACCUGUGCCAAAGCCGCGGCCGCCGUGUACUGAAUUGCCUAUACGUUUGGAACAAAAACCACAUGUUUAUAAUGUAAUGUCAUAAACAUCUCGGGAAAAUUGUACACAAAAUGAUUAACCCUCCCACUCCCCAAAAAAUACCCGCUCGUCAAUUCAAAUUUGACCGCGGUGAAAACGUGUAUGUUGUUCGCGUCGUACCGUUUCGAUAUAUUAUCGAAAUGAACUAUGUGCAAAUAACUUUUCACGUAUAGGUACAAUACACAUUGGUGGGUAUAAACUUUUGCCUAUACCCGGAAUUGUUGCUUAGGAGUUUUCGUAUCGCAUCAUCAUCGCCAUUGUCAUAAUAAUUUCCUACGCAAAUUAUAUUUCCGGAGAAAAGAUACUCGCAGAAUAUUAUUGGAUUAUAUAGUUGUUCCAAGGAAUAUCCGCGAUUUAAUACGUUUCCAGUGUAUUUCACUAAAACUUUCUAUAAUAUACUCUACCAUUCGAGACCGUAAUCCCAGAAAUGUAUGCAAUAAUAGUACGGUGUUCCGUCAGUUGAAAUUCGCGACACCGUGUGCCAAAAUCCACUUCGGAAAAUUACUCAAAUUUAACAUAAAAAUACACAUGAUUUACGUUACAUUGUAAAAAUCGGUAGUAUCUUCCUAAUAAAUAAAUAUAUUAUCGUAUAAAAACGAAUGAAUACAUGUGUAAUUUCUAAGAAUAAAAUUUGUAUUUAUAUUUAUACAGGAUGAUUCACAUUAUUGGAAACACUCAUGAUCUCGGAAAGUUUUAACUUUCUUUGAAUUUUUUUUUUUUGGAAAACCAAAGAAACAAAUAGUUCUAAAAUUUUACGUCUUAAUUUUUUUUUCACCCCUUAUUUUAGGGGGUGAAAUGACUACCUACUUUCGAUUUUCAACUGGCAAACUAUUUUUAAAAUGCUUUAAGUAUAUGGAGUAUUAUUUAAAAUAAAUUUUGGUGUUGAAAUUUUUGAUUUCCGUCUACCCGUUGAUAUUUCACUUUUAGGUUUUGGGUGGAGGGAGAGUAGUGACGUAAAAUUAAAUUUCUGCGCGCAGUUCGUUACACCGAAAGUUUUGAGUAUUACACCGCGAGUUUUAAUAAUAACCAGUUUAAAAGUCUCCAAGGCUUAAAAAAGUGAUAAUUUAUAAACUUUACUGCAUACAAAUAUUGACGCCAUCUUCUUAGGCCGAUUAGGUCAACCUCGAUUCAAGAUACUAUCUUAGGAUUAGUAGAUUGUGAUGAUAGCACGUUACUUACUGACACAACGAAACAAUAUUUUAUCAAACCCUCAAAACUACGGUCGCAUAUGGUUGUAACCACGAACCGCGGUUAUAGAACUAUAUCCAGAAAUUUGGAAUGUAUAAUCGGUGAAUUUACCCAACAGUCACCAGUGGUGACUGGUAGAAGUAAUUAGGAAAGGUUAUUAAAAAUAUUCAUAUUAUAUCAAUUAAUUAUACCUGAGAAAUAAAAUAAACAAAAUAAAUAUUAAAAGUCCCGCCUAAAAUUCAAAUAUUGUAAUUAAUAUAGGGGUAACAUUAUUAUAGGUUGUUGUAGUGGAGGAGUGAAUUGUCUCACCAUACGAGCGAUAUGGUUACGAAAAUCGUGAACGUUUAAGGCCAACACCGUCACCGGUUACCGUACAAAAUUUCUUUAUUUUUUAUUGGUUUCAAUUUUAAGGGAGAAUGUUCACUGGUUAAACAUUCCGAAUUAAAAACUACGAAUAAAUCUUAAUGUCCUAGAGUUUUUAUUAGGUAUACGGAAACCAAUUUCGCCCAAUACCUUAGGACAGAUAAUGAGGUUGUUUAAAAUAUUGUAUACUAAUAUAACAUCUGUUAAUUUAUGUCUUGCAUUAAGUGAAUGUAGGUUCAAUAAUUUUUUUUAAAAUAGUAUUCCUAGUGAUAUAGUAUAUUAUAUCGGAAACAUAUGCAAUUUUCUAUAAAAAUGUAUAAUGAACAUUUUCAAGACCUUUAUAUAUUUUGAAUAAUUACAAGACCAAAUAAAUGAAUAAAAUCGGAGGUUAAAUUUUAGUCAUUAAGUGUAUAAAUACUAUCUAAUUUUUUUCCAACGAAGUGAACAAAAUCAUCUACCUCUACAUUUAUACAAAUGACAAGUAAUAUAUAUUACACGUAAUAAAAAUCUAAUAAUAUUUAUUUAUCAAAUUAAUAACUCUUAUCUUGAUAGAGUAAAUUCGAUUAGACUUGGGUGUAAGAUUAUAAAUGAUUUAUCAUAUCAUGUAUAUUAUCAUUUGGAAUGAUAAUAUACAAAUCAUAUAAAAAAUACGAAAUACAAAAGAGUUUAAAAACACUUUAUGUAUAUAAAUAUUUUUGAUGUAAACCGGGCCCGUUUUUAUAUUAAUUACCAUAAUCACUUGAAAUUUUACUAUAAUUUUAGGUCAAGACUAUGGCACAUAUAUUUCAAAUUUAAAUAAUUACAGUUUAAUCAAUAUUGUCGUCCUGCAGUUAUGCAAAAUAUGAGUAAAGAUCGAACGGUAUUAAAAAAAUUGAACAAACACUUCAAUAACCUCACACUUUAAACAAUAGUAAAAUUAAAAAAAGUACUUAUAAUAUUACAUUGAUUACUUUAGUAGUACAGUAAAAACUCGAUUAACCGUCACUUUCUGUUAUCUGUCAUCAAUCACUUUUUCGUAAAAUAUGAAACAUUGCCGCUUAAAAAACUCAUACUUCACAAAAAUUGAAGAAUAUGACGGAUUAUUUUGUUUAGUAUUUUUUAGUGUGGUAUUAUUUUUGUUAUUAAGUAUAAUUAUUAUUUAUUAUUAUUUUUGUCUGGAAAUACACAUGUAAAAUAUGUCCGUUUAUUGCAAAAUGUUUGUUAAUCGUGUAUUUGAUUAACCACCUUACUCUCGGUCCCGUGACUGAGUGUUAAUUGAGUUUCUACUGUAUUUAAUAUUUAAUAACAAAUAGGUUACAGCACCAAUCAUUUACAGAAAUAAUCAUUAUAGGUAUUAUCUAAUAUAAUAGGUAGGAAUAAUUUAAAGUAAGAGUAUGUAACAAAUAGCAUACCGUUUACAUGAGUACUAUAACUUAAAAAAUAAUAUUAUUAAUGGUUUAUUAUGAAUAUGGUCAUACUAAUAACUACAAAGUUAUAAGUUUAUACAUUUUCAGUAGUUUUUUUUUUUAUGAAAAUUAGUUGAUAUCAAACUAUGUUUUAAGUUUAAAUGAUUGAUAUUGUAAUCUUCUGCAACUUAACUAGAAAAUAAAACAUAUGCUAUUGUUUUGAUAAUAGUUUUCCCCUUUGCGGUUUAUUGAACCGCAAACAUAACAAUUUAGACACCUAAUGUUUUUAAUCUAGUCAGUUUUUAUUUGAUCCAUUCUUUUCAACGGUACAACUUAUAUUAUAGUUUUAGGUUCUUUUAGCGAGGCAAAAUAAUGUUCCAGAAUUUUCGAUGCACGUAUAAUUAAUCACGUUUAACCAGUGACGACGGUUUAAUAGGAAUUUAUUAGCAUUUAAAGUUUGGAUAAGAAGUGUCGGCAGAAAAAUUUACUUUUCUUAGUGAUUUAUAUAAUUUGUUGUUCCAAACUUAAAAUGCUAAUUAAUUUAUUACAUAAUUACAUUAUUUGUGGUGUAAUAUUUGAUUUAAAUGAACCGAAAUUAUAAGAUAUUUUUUCUUUAGUUCAAAAGUCGUAAAACGCUAACUACGAUUAUAAAUAAAACCAAUAAAAAAAAAUGAUUUUCUUUAGGUACUUUACAUACAAUUUCGGAUUUCAAAAUUCAUACGCAUUUAGAAGAGUACAAAUAAUAUACACACUAUAUGAAAUAUUUUUUCGGCUAUCGUUACGAAAUUUGAUGGUUGAGUUUGUAAUUAAAAUUCACCGUGAGCUAGUCAUCAUAUAAAUGUAUGAUCAGAGGAGAUAUUUUAAGUACGCAGAAUUCUUAGACAAGAGUAGAAUAAUAAUUAUUAAACUACGAAAUUUGAAUCAUAAAUUUAAUCAUUUUAUGUCUAUUUGUAAUAUAAUUCAUUGUAAUAAUAUGUAUAAUAUAUUUACGAAUAUAGCGGCAUAUAACGUGUAGUAUAUUUAAUUUACUAUCUGAAACAAUAUAUUUUAAUUAUUUUUAAAUAUUACAAAUAUAAUGUUUUUUAGUAUACGAAUUAUUGUUAAUAAUUAUUUUUUAUUUAUCAUGAUUUAUUCGUUUUGAAUUGCUAAUUUAUUUAUAUACGUGGCAGUGUCAUUAUAUUUAUUACACGUAUAAAUUUAUUAAUUAAAUGCUUGUGGGAUGGCAACAGACUUAAACAGCUUAUAGCAUAAAAUUCUAAAAUUAAUAAGAGUAACGGAAAUUACUAACUCAGGCAAAGUUAAUUGGCGUGUUUGACUCAUAUUGUUUAUCAAUUUAUGCGUAAACACAUUUUUAUAAAUAAUUUAUAACUGUUUUUAAUUGUUUUAUGCAUUGAUUAUUUUUUAGACACUUGGAGGAGAAAGAUGGUAUGUAAAGAAGUUGGAGCUCAUAAUCAAUACAGUUGACAAACAUUUCGAGCAUAUCAAAACUGAUGGUAAGAUUAUGCGAUACAGUUUUUUGAUAACUUACUUUUUGAUUUAUCCUAUUUUUUUAUUUUUUAGAUAAUAUUAUUGCAAUAAUUUUACUAUUCCUAUAGUGUCAUAAUUUUUUUUAAUGAACAAAAAUAGUGAUACCUAGUUAAAAAACAUAAUUUAUGUUUUUAUCCCUAUUUAACAUUAAAUCGAUUAAUUACAAAUAUAUUUAUAUCAACAAUCUGGGACUUAAAAUAUAUAGUACAUGAGCCAAAACAAUAACAUUAUUCAAAGAUGCAGAGUCAUCACACAAUGUGUAAUAUUUUUAACAAUAAUAGUAAGUCAUGUCAGGACUUAGUAAUAAUUCAUGGAAUUCAAAACAUUUAUUAAGUUUUAUUUAAACCUUUCGGUUGUCAUUUAUUUCUUUUUUCGGCCUUCAACACAAUAAGUUUCGAGAUCCCAAAAAAAUUGAUUUUUUACAACUAAAUAUAGUAACACAAUUAAUUAAAAUGCUAACAUUCAUUAAUUCAAUUAAUUUUUUUUCAAUUUUGACCUGACAUAUCUAUUAUGUGAAAUAAUAUUAUAUAUCGAGCUCCAUUUCAAACUCUUAAUGAAAUAAUACUCUUUUAUUUUCUCGUAGUCUUUAAUAAAAACACGAGUAAAAAUAUUCUCUUAAAUAUUGUAGACGUAAAUAAUAUAAACUAUAAAUUCAAAUUAUACAACGGCGUCAUGUAUAGGCAAUUCACUAGCGUUGAUGUUUUAAGUAUUAAUUAUAUCUACUUAUACUAUUAAAAGUGUAAAUACAACAUUAAAACUGUGACAUAAAUUUUGUUUACUUAAAGUUUAACAGACACGUUUGAUCACGUCUCGUUCGAUUUAUUAUAAUAAUUUUUUGGAAUAUUCAUAAUAAAUUCCGGUAAACUUUCUGCAAUAUUAUUUUAAAAUCUUGACUGCAUUUGAAUCAUGUUUUAUAUGUUUAUUAAUUUACUUCAAAUUUAUUUAACAGUGCUAGACAUGUCGUUAUAUCCCAUUUCGUAAUUCCCCCAAUUCCCUCUGUCUAUCCUGAUCAGUGUUGAGACAUAUUUAUACCAUUUUUCGGUCGCAGUGCAGAGUGGCUCAAAUCAAUCUUUCAUACAUUUCAAUAUAAGCAAAUUGUAUUUUAAUAAUUGCUUAGUGACAUAAUGGCAUAAUAUUGCAUAAUGGCCUAGCUUAUGACGUCCCUAAAGUCGUACUAAUCACCUAUAUGUAUGGUUUAUGCAUUUUAAUAAACAAAAAGUACACCAUAGUAAUUUAAUUCAUUUUAAUUCUGAUUAGUAUAUGUAUUAGAACAGACAUACACAUAGGUCAUAUUAUUGAAACGUAAUGAAGAAAAAAUUAAAUUAAACUAAAUUAUUAAAAGAAAGAAAUAAAUUAAAAUGUUUUAUUUUUUAAAUAGAUCAUUUCAACUAUAUAUUUUAGUAUCUGACAUAGGUAAUUUAAAUAUAUUUUAUCUAGAUGAUUAUGGAGCUAUUUCAAACAAAUCAUUUUUUUAUUUAUCUGCGUUUUGUUACUUACCACGAUAUAUUAGAUUUUUGAUACUAAUCGAGCCAUCUACAUUUGAUAUAUAUUUGUUUACCCUGUUAUAUGACUACCGCUGAAGGCGGAGUCUUCCCUUUAGCUGGAUUUUGUUAGGUUUUAAUAUAACUUUUUUUUUCUUGUAUCAUUUAGAUUUCAAUUGUAUCUAUUUUAUUCUGUUCAUUUUCUAUAACAUGUGUGUACAAAUAUAAAAAAUACAAUAAUUAUAUGUAGUUAUAUCAUAACUAUUAUGGUAAUUUUUGUCAUACUCGUAUUUUAUAUUUUUUUUUUUUUUUUUUUUAACAUUAAAAUAUUAUAGAGAUAUUAAAUAUUUUUAUUUUAUACGGUUAUAUUAAAGUUUAUCGUAUACUUACCUACACGUGGUCGGUUUUAAUAGGUUGGCACUUUUGUUACGCAUUUAAUGUCAUAUAUACAUUUUACACCGCAUUGUAUUAUAUUACAUUUUUAUGUCUUGUUAAUGUAUAUAUAUAUGUUAAAACAAUAAUAAAAACAAGUGAUUAUUUUUAUUACACAAUAACAAUAGAUAUUUAAUAUUAACAGUAUAAAAAAUUGGGCAGGUUAUAAGAGGAGUGUAAUCUAUUGCAGGUAUACAGACGAUAUGGUUAUAAUUAUAGCUAGCGACAUAAAUAACGAAGAUCGAUGAUAAUUAUAUUUAUCGUUAGGUAAAUGAAUUGUCACACGAUAAUUAUAUAAGAUAAAUUCAAAAACUAUGUUUAACGUUGACUAUAACGAAUAAAAUAAGGUAAAAUAAAAAUAUUGUUUUUAGAUAUAUACAAGCUGUCCUAUGAUGAUAUACUCUUUGAAUAUCUCCAGGACAGCCUGUAUAUAAUCAUGAUUCCUCUGAAAAUAUCCCCCGACUUAAUUUUUUCUUAUUAGAAAUAUUCCUCAUUGAAAAUAUCUCUGGGUUAAAAUUAACUCCGGGAUAUAUAUUUCUUAUUCAAAAUUUGUCAAUUAAAACUGUGACACAUAAACUACUAAUGUCUGAAAAUUUAACAAUAGUAGUCUAGCGAUUUUUAUUUCAUGGAAUACAUUUAAUAGAAAUUACAAAAUAAUGGACUACAGGCAAAAAAAAAAAAAAUGAUACUCAAUUUUAAUUUCAAGCAAUAUACUCAAUAAUCCUAUUAGAUAUACUUCGCUUAAUAUUGAAAAAGGAAUAUUUUAAAUGGAGAUAUUUUUAACAUGGGAUAUUUUUAAUAAGGGAUAUUUCUAAUAAGGUUAUAUUUGAACGCGUACAAGAUGCAAUUUAUUAUUUUAUUGAUGCAUAAUGCACCAUGUAUAUAUAAUAAUAUUAUACUAUUGUACAUUUAAUACUUAUAAUAUAGUGUGACGUUUUAUUUUAAUGAUAAUGGUAAAUAUUUCAGCCUGGCAGAUUUUUAUCGGAAUGGGGCUUUUUUAUGAAGUGUAUAAAUGCUAAAAUAGACGAUGUAAAGCGAUUUUAAAAAUGUUAACCCUUUUGGCGUACUAAUACCUUAAUACAGUAUACAUUUUUAUAUAACUUAAGACGCUUAUGUUUAUCCUAGGAUUCCAAAAGUCCUAUAUUCUAAUUUCUAUGAGAACUACAAUUUUCUUUCUGUAUCUCCCAAACUAUCAGAGAUUAAAAACACGUUAUUAAAAAAAAUGUGAAACGUAUGAUAUUUACAUAAUAUACGUAUAAUGUAUAUAUGAUGAUUAGGGCUCGGAUUAAAAUGCACUAAAAAUCAUCAAAAUAUGCUCUAAAAUAAAAUGCAUAGUACUGCGAAACUGUCCUUAAAAAAUGAAGCAUUAUUUCUUUUUUUAAAUAUAUUGUUUUAUUGGAUAAAUUAUAAUAUUUUUAUUUUAAUAAAAAAAAAAACAGAAAAUUGAAAAUUUUGAAUUGAAACCAGUGACGAUAGUAAAUAUACCAAUUAUAUUUAAUCGUAUUAUGAAUUAAUAUUGCAAAUUAUAUCAUUUCCAUGUAAUGUACAAAUAUCUAAUGAAACCAAAAAAAAAAUAACCAAAAGUGUCUUAAAAUGAAAAAACUUUAAAAAAUGCAUAAAAAAAAAAUAUUACCUUUGAAGUCUCUGUGUUAAACGGAUCAAAUUUUGUUCUGGAAAAUCACUGUCUUCUAUCAUUAAAAAAGAUGCAUUUUGCAUUGAAAUCAGGGCCCUUCUGAUAAUAUAUACAACGGUUAUCUAAAUGUCUAAUUUCUCUUCUAAAUCUUUUUCGCGUUUUCCAUAUUUUUUCUCUAUAUAUCGCAAAAGUCCAUUCAAUGUUUUUUUUGUUUUAAUACGAAUGAAACCCAAUGUUUAUUAUUAUUUAAAUAUAACGAUAAUAAUGAAAAAAUUAUUCUUAUUUCAAGGUUUUUUCAUUUCAUUUACUAUAUAAAUAUAAAUACGUCGAAAUAACAAUACUAACGUAAUGUAUAGCUGUGGAAUAUUAAAAAUUAAGUUCAAAUAUUUGAUAUAUUUAUAUGUAUUUAAUAUACAAAACUUUAUGCUAUUAGGUAGGUAGCAUAGUUUGUUAUUAUUUUGAAAGCGUAAAUAAACAUAAACGAUGUUUCAGCAAUGUUUGUUCGUACAAUCAUAGCAGGUGUUAAGUGGGCAUGAGCGUAAACAUUGCAGAAUAAAUAUUAUUUUUGCAAGACAUUCCGACAUUUUCUGUUGUAUUAUAACGAUGUAAAUGUUAAAAAUUAUUAAAAAUAUAAAAUUAUUUGUUCUGGUAACGAUCUAACCGCAAUGUUGCAAUGUAAAUAAUAAUUAUAUAUGUAUUGAUAUUUCGUUUUUUUUUUUUUUAUCUCGAUAGUAUUUUUAUAGUGCAAUAUUAAAUUUGUUCAUUUAUAGUUAUAAAAAAAAAUUAAUAAAUAAAAAGCACUCAUAAUCCCCGUCACUAAAGUCAAAUUGUCUCAAGUCGACUUUUCACCGUUAAAAUAUUUAAUUUUUCUUUUUAAUAAUUGAUCUUAAAUAUUUAUGGAUUUCGGAGUUUUAUCACAUAUUAGUCUAUAAGGGUAUUUUAACCCCGGUAUAUUUCGUAAAAACAAGGUUGACAGUAAAAAUCACCAAAAAAGCACAUUUUUGGUAAAUACACCAAUCAUACACAAAUUCUCAUCAACCUAGAUAAAUUUGAAGGGUCGGUAGUGAUGUAUAAAGCUAUAAAAAAACACUUUUCGCCCGCAACAUCUUAAUGAAAAUCAUAUUCAACCAACAUUUUAUCACUUAAAUCCUAAGAUUCUUUUAUUUUAUUUUGAAUGUUUUUUUUAAGCAUGUGUUUAUGUGUUUCAACAAUUUAUGUUUUCUAUGAAAAAUAUUGCUCCUUUAGAAAAACAACAAAAUGAAUUUUUUUUGUUGCAUUCUGGGUCUAUAUGCUCAUGCAGAAAGUCGUUUUUUUACUUUCCGAGUAGUCACUGGUAAUAGUAUAGAACAAAAUAAUUUUUUUUUUAAAUACAUAAUUUUGUUAUUAUUAAUUUAUAUUUAUUUAUUUAAGGUAUUACUAGUUCCAUUAUUAGAUGAAAAUAUUAAAAUGUGAUCGUGGAUUUGGUAAAUGUCUGAUUUAUUUUUUUUAGUUUUCAUAAGUACAAAGCUAAUACUUAGUCCAUUGUCCAUAUCUGCAUAAACACGAUAACGUUUUAAUGAUCAUCCCGCUUUAAAGCAUGAUCGUUUUUAGAGAGUGGUUUCUUGGUUUAAUAUUAUUAUACUUAAAAUUUAAUAAUAGUGUGGAAAAUCUAAACUGAUUAAAAGAAUAUAAGAAAAAAGUAAAUUGAAUUACAUUUUUUUUCCUUUGCUGAAUAAUAUUUCUUAUCUCUUUUUAUAGUAACGUCAGUUAAAGAAUCUUGGUAGUGCAGAUUAAGUAUUUUUUUUUUUUAUGAAAAAACGUUUUUAAUUUACUUUAUUCCCCCCUGCUCUUAUUUCUUUUUAAGUAUAUUGUUACUCAACUAUUCACCACUACCAUUAUCGGUCUUUGUUCCAUGGAAUCCAUUAUUUCCAACUCUUCACUCCGUCUCUUCAGCCGUCUCUCUUUAACAGUCAGAAAUUCAAUAAUGCUAUAUUUUUAUUUUUUAUCGUUAACGCUUCAGGUUUCUUCACUGUAUUCCACUGUUUUUUUCCUCACCCAUUUAUUAUAUAGGUUGUCUUUCCGAUAAUACCGAAAUAUUUAUAUGCAUAAAUACAUAUAAUCAUAUCAUAUACGUAUAUAUAAAUAUAUAUAUUACUUUUUCCCACUACUACUAUUAAUUUUGUUUAUGCUUUUGCAUUAUUUAUUCUAACCACCGCCACCACUACCUUUCAUAAUUUAUAUUGUUUAAAGUGAUGGCAAGAACGGCAUAAAAUUAAAACGGUUAAGUAAUAACCGUGGGGCGAAUUCGCACCGUGUCAGGCAUAUUUUAAAUUUGCUUAAUAAAGAAUAGUGUGAACUAUUUUACAUUCUGCCAAUUUUCGCAGCCCUCACGUUUAUAGUGCACUGAAAAAUCCUUUGUGACGUAUUUAUCAAUUUUCGCAGACACUAUUUUCGUUCAAUAAUGUUGUUUUGUUCUUCAAAAUAUAUAGAAAUAUAUAAAAUAUAAAUAAUAUAUUCUUGAUGGUUAUAUCUGAUUGUAUUUCACCCUGGGAUAAGUUUGUGCCAUUAAAAUCUACGUUUGAGAUCCACAUGUAGUAGAAUAUAAAUAGGUCAACAGAAGGAGUAGUGGGGAAUGUAGGAGCAGAGGAAGGAAAAGGGUAGGAAAAAGUUUGGGGUUAUUAAAGAGUAAUAGACUUAGGUAAAUUCAUAAUCCUAUAUAUGACAUAUGACGUAAACGCGCGGCGAUCUAUCUACCGAUAGGAUGAUUGACGGCGGUAUUGCCACAACAAGCAAUCGGUCGGAUAAGACCUUGAAUAUAUUUGCAGCGUAAUUUGUUGACAAAAUUUGUAUAGUAUGUGUGUAAAUAGUUCUAUGUGUGUGUGUGUAUGUGUGUGUGUGUGUGUGCACGGUCGUUCGGAUUGUAUUGUUGUAUAUGCACGUAUACCUAUAUUUUGUUGACACAAACACGUACCUAUUUUAUUUAUUGAGGGAGGCUAUUGCCUAUCGUAAAAAGUUGUAUUUCUCUUCUGCUUAUUUUACUGUCAUUAAUAUUCUACUAUGGAAAUUUGUAAAAAUUACACUCACCUCAUAUUUUCUGCUUGAAAAUCGUAUGAAGUUCGUAGCUCAAAAUAUUAAAAACAGGAUAUACAGUGUAUAGGUAUCGAUGAAUCGUUGCAGUAUAUACACCACAUUAUAGGUAUCCAGUAGAGAAUAUAUCGUUAUUAAGCUACACCGAUUAGAGAUAUUUUAAUGCUUUUGACGCUCUUAAAUUUUGGUCUUAUUGUAUAAGGUUUAACAUUACUGUAAAAUAUAAUAUCCAGGUGUCUGUUUAAAUAAUAAUAUUAUUUUCUAGGUACUACUCGACUAUAUUAUAAUUAUUGUUUGCAUAACAGAAAUAGAAUCCUAAUUAAAAAUAAAUUUAAAUUUAUAUUAUUUUACUACCGAUACUAUGUUAAAGCAGCGCGCUCGUAUUGUUAAAAGUACCUACUUGUUAUAUAGCACUGAAAGUGCUUGAUGAAGUGGGUUUGUUCUGAGUUUAUAAGUUGUUUACUCCUAUUACAUCACUGCGCCCACUUUAGUUUUGGAAUAUAUAGUAAUAUUUCGAGAGACGCCUUACCACAAGCAAAAGUGGAAAAAUUGAAGACAUGUGUGCAAUGGAAGGUUUUUAGUUUUACUGCAUUAUUGUUCAUAACCUCGCGACAGAUCUCCUGUUCUAAAGAUUUAAAAUAUACAUCUUUUUCACCGGACAAAUGAGUUCAAGUUUGCUAACCGAACUUCCUUAGUAAAUACCAUUUGGAUGUCAAAAUUAUUAUUUAUCAAAAUUGAUUACUUAUGUCAAUUAGAAUAUUAUCAAAACAAAAAAAAAAAAAAAAAAAAAAAAAAAAAAAAAAAAAACAAAGUACAAAUUAAAUAUAACACAUGAAAACUCUUAAUAACAUCUGCAAAUUAAUAUUUAUGGAUAGAUAGUUAAUAUAAGUAUAUUGUAAAAUGCAUAAUUAAGUUUACGAAUUACGUUUAUGUUUUCAAAGGGUCCCCGAAUCUUGUUUCCGCGUUGGAAAUUGUUUUAACCAUAAAGGAAUCCGAGAAAUUUUCGGGAAACCUUUUAAAAUUUUAUAUACGUCAUUUAAUAUUCUUGUUGUCAUCUAAUACUACAAAUGUUAGUUUAAAAUCACAGAAAUAAAAAAAAUAAUGCUUUAAGGUAUUUUUUUAAUUAAUUAAAAAUAUUCAUACAAAAAAAAAUAUUUGUUUUAUUAAAUAACAUAUAACUACCAUAAUUAUAAUAUAACAGUAAUACCUAUAAUACAUUUAUAAUUGUAUAUAUUGAUUUAAUAUUAUAAAUACAAUAUGAUUUCUUUAUGAAUUACAUUUUAAUCUAAAUGUUUUAACAAAAUGUAUUAUUAUAUUGUCAUUAAUUUAAGCAGAAAUUAUACUUUAAAAAUUAUUUUGACGUUUAUACUCAAAAAUUUGUUAAUUAGUUAUUUAUAUUCUUUUAUCAACUGUUCAGUUUUCACAACUUUCAAAAAUAUUGAACUUAUAAAAAUAUUUGUUUAAAUUAAUAUGAUAUCUAAUUGUACUUUGAUGACCUGUACCAAUAAAAAUGCUGGAUGAAACUUUUGCACAUUUUUAUAUUUAAGAGAAGUAUUUGCCGAGGAAAAUACAUCUAUAUACAUUGUACAUUUCAUAGCGUAUGUAUUUUCUCCGUUUAGAAUUUAAAAUGGAGCAAAUUUUUGUUAUUAUAAUAUUUAAAAUGUACAAACUUUCAAUGAACUCUCUUACGUUCAAAAAAGUUUAUUACCACCUCACAGGCAAGAAAAUCAUAAUCCGAAAUGAAAAUGUUUUCAGAAAGUUUUUUAAUAUUUUAAAAAUGUUCUAACGAACCUUUUGACUGGAAAAAAAAGUUUUCAAACAUAUAAAAAAAUGACUUAAUAUCAAAAAACGUGUUACUCUUUAUAAAUAUUAUUAUUUUAUUUGGUUUUCAAUUUGUUGUAAUAUAAUUCAAGACAAUAAAUUAACAUUAAAUAAAAGAAACUUUACAAAUGUAAAAUCUGGAUUUUGUUUAAAUUAAAAAAAUAAUAUUAAUAUAAGUAUGAAGUCGUUUUUGGUUUAUUGAAAUUAAUUAAGAACCAAGAUAAAUAAUAACGUUGUUUUAUGAAGUUUAUUAUUCGAUCUUUGUUGGUUUCUUUGUAGAAUCAUAUAUAAUAAAGGUACUUUAAAUACUUGUUACUUUCCAUUAUUACCAGAAACAAAAUGUUAUUCAGAUUAUUAUUUUAAGUUAAAGUUAUCUGGUAUGUAUUCUGCAUCUGGCAGAAUCUUCAUUAAUAUUUCACAACUUAAACUUCUUCUAUAACAGGAGCACAUGUCCCUAUUAAAUUAAUGUCAGUCGAGGUGAAUGCUAGUAAUAGUCGUUUGAGUAUUACAUGAUAGAACAUAUACAUUUUAGUAAUAUAAUAAAUGAUAGAUGAUUUUAUGCUACGUUAACAUAUUUAAACAUAUUUGUUUUUAAUUUCUUAACUUUAUGAACACAAAGUAAUAAGUCACCCAGAAAAAAGUACAAACAGAAACACUAGCUGAAAUUAAUUUAAUUAAAGAAAAUUCCAUUAAAUUUGAAACCGCUAAAGGAAUUAAAACAUAGAAUUUAAUAUUAAGGUUUCAACCAAAAUUCAAAUUGUAAUAAUACUGAAUCUUUACUACUAUAUUUAAGACAAAUUGGCAACAGAUAUCAAAGUAAAUUAAUGGUUAGGUAAUUUUAGGCAAAUUUAAAGUAAAAUUAAUUCAUCCAUUUUAAACAGUUGGCCUAAUAAUUAAUUUAUUAUUAUUAAUAACAGAUCAAAAAUAUGUUCAAUUUCCAGAAGACCUGUGUAUUUUUUUUUUAUUUUUUUUUUAUUUUUUUUUUUAUUCCCCAUUUCAGGUUCUCCUUCUAUCUAAUAUCUUUUACUGUCCAAAAAUCGCAAAUAGAAUAAUAUAUUCAAAACAAUUACUUUCCUUAUCUCCGUACAAUAUAUAAUAUUUAUUAUUAUAUUAUUUAAAUACAGUUGUAUUUUUCCCAAUGGUUAGACAAAUUUUAAAAUAUAGAUUCCAAUAGAUAUUGUAGUUAGCCUAUCGUUAAAAGAUAACAAUAAUACCUAACUCGACUUCCUAAUGAUUGAUUAACUUCAUAUUUCAAUUUUUUUUUUUUUCAGAUAAAAUUGUCACGUUGUCGACAACACAAAAUUACGGUACAUUGUUGUUCAUGACACCGGUCGGACAGUCAUAUUCAUGUCAAAAAGAAAUUAGCGUGGUGGUAAGCAACGUAAACCAACCGACAAUGAAAGGGUACGUGUUGCUCAGAGCAUUCACCGUACAACCGUUUAUAUUCAAAAAUGACGAGUUUGGACCUGGUAAGUCGUAAAUUAUUUUAUUUCAAUAAUAAUCGUGUAUACCUAUAUAGUUUAUACUAUGAAUAAUUUUGACGCAAUUCGUAACCGGAAAAAAAUAAACUGCAGUAUAAAAGAAAAUCGUUCGUAUGAUUAUUUUAAAUUUAGAAAAACCCGGGAUUAUAUUUUAUCAUUUUAAAAUGAUUUUAUUAUUUAACUUUGCACUGCUCGCACAAACGACAAAAAUUCGCCGGUGGUAUACCUUCUAGCUACUAUAUAAGUCCAUUAUGUUAGGCACAUUGUAUUGAUUAUGUAUCCAUAUUAUAAUAAUAUAAAAAUUUCAAAUACACCAACAACAUUCAAUUUAUCAAAAAGUUAUAGAAAAUCGCAAAGUAUUAAAAAAGACGAAUAUGUUAUUAUAAUAUUAUAGUCAUGAGAGUAAAUGAAUACCGUUUUUGAUGAACUUAUAGCGCAUAAAUUGCCAAACACAAAACGUAGUUUGAAUGCUUGCUUUAUGUAUUACAGUGGGAUAUCCAAUUUGUCAAGUGCCACAUUUGGGUUUUUUUAAAUUUUAUUACAGACUCAAAAUAUGUUCUAGACCUUUUUUUUUAUUGAAUAUUUAAUUUAUAGUCGUAGUUGGACCAACACACUCAAUACCUGCAAAUCUACUAACCAAAUGCCCAACAUUAAUUAUUGUGGACAUGUUAUUAUUAUUAUUAUUAUAAUUUGUCGUAUUACGUUUUGGGAUUAAUAAUGAAACACAGAUGUCCCCGGAUUUUUAGUCUAAGAAAUCAAAAUCAGUUAUUAUAUCUGGCCAAGUUAUACUCAGUCUUCAAUUAAUUUAAUUGAACCAACAUAUUUAAUUUAAAAAUUUAAAUACCUAACUUUUCUUUUAAUUUUUAUUGUCAUGUAGUAAAAAUUAAUUUACCUGGAGUUUUGUGAUUUUUUUAAAAAUAAAUUACAUUUUCCCGAUCAAUGUAAAAUAAUUGUCGUGUUUAAUCUUAUGAGGUACACAAAUUUAGCCUUUAAACUGGAAAAAAGUACAAAAUAUGGACAGAACCUUAUUUUUUAUUUGAUGUUAUUCAAAUAAAGUGUCGAUAUGAAAAAAAACAUCUAUUGUGUUAAAUAAAAAAUAAACAUAAAUUAAUUUAAUAUGGUAUGAAUGCAAUAUAAUGUAUAAUUAGCUCGUUAUUAAUUAAGAUAAUGGUAAACAAAGAAAGAAAAAAAAUUAAAGAUUACAAGCUAAAUUAAAAGUUAACAUAAAAUGAUCGAUUAACUUUUUAACUCAUAAUGUCUCCAUAUUGAAAUGUGAAAUUUACAAUAAAUUAAUCUUUAAAUCUUUAAACAAAUAAAUUAGUUCCACAUUUCAUUGAUGAAAUCUAAUAUCACUACAUCGUAAGUCAUUUUUCUAUUUUUAAUCAUAUUUAUAUAAUAUAUUUUUUUUUUAAUUUUACGUAUGAAAACAAAUCUGUGUAUAAGUUAUAUUGUUUUUAAAACAAUAUUUUUAAUAUAUUUAACGAUGAUCGUAAGAUAUAAGUAGGUUCUUAUUAUAGUAUUGUAUUAAAUUAAAACAAAGUAUUACUUAAUAAAUUCAUAAUUUUACAAAAGUUUGCUUAGGAGUUUUAAACGCUUUUGGUGAACUUUUGAAGAAAAUAUUUAAAAUUGAUAUUUUGUUGAACAUUCAAACUUUUAAUUGAAUAGCACUUUAUAUUGUUUCUAUAAAAUAAUUAUUGUUACGAAGCAAACAACUACACACAACUGUGACUUGGCUAAAAUAUAUUUUAAUGGUACUAUCUAAACUCAGUGGUGCUCACAGUAGGAGGAUUAGGGGGUUCAACCCGAAAUUUUCUUCCUUUCUGCAUUUUUUUAAAUACAUUUUUACAUUCAACAACAUACUAUCUUAAAUUAUGAAACAAAUUAAUAUUUCAUUUUAUCAAAAUUGAUUUAAUCAGUAAUAAUAGUGAUAGUACUAUAUUGAUAAUAUGUGCAAUUCCCUAUCUAGAAAAUUAUUAAAAACAAAACCUCUCCCGAAAAUCUUGCAUGCGCUACUGCUUAAACUGAUAUAAUUCCACAUACACUAAUAACUACAGUAAUUUUAUAAACACAUACUUUUAUACUAUAAUAAUGUUUAAUAAUUCAUUCCUUUGGGGCUCUAUCUUGAUAAAUACGCAUUAAAUCAAUGUUGACCACGAUAUUUUCAAUUUUAUGUUUUUUAUCGAUUUUGAAGUAGUCAUUGGAUGAACAAAAAACAUAUUGUCCACCUGAAAUAAAAAUAGUUAAUGAGUAAGUAAAAAAAAAGUUUAAAUGAUGGCAUUUUCCCCGAAUAUAUUACAAUAUGUGAAAUAAUACACGCAUUUAGUCAUUUAGGUAGGUCACAAACCAUUAUGCAUGGCAACUGCUAUUAAUAUUGAUUUCUUACCAACAAUUUGUAAUUUAUUAUCUGACAAAACGUAUAAUAAAAAAGCAGUCCAAGGAAAAUGAGAACGAGUGCAGUCACAGUUAUAGUAAUUUAAUAUACUGCGAUUAACCAUUGCUAACGAAAAAACAUUUAUGAGCGGAGUUCAGUUGAUAGUGUUGUUUUGUUAACAAUAUAUUAUAUGCCAAAUAAUGGUAAAAUAGUUAAAUAUGCAUUAUGUAUUUUCUUAAAUAAUAUUUGUUUAAUAUUGUACUUAUUUUCUCGUUUUUCCUAAGUUUUUCCCAUUUUUUGAGAAAAUUCUUCGGAAAAUAAAAAAAUGACCUCCUCAGUCUGAUUUUCUUUUAGAAAAAAUGCUAUCAUUGAAAAUCCAAGCAAAAUUGCUGAUUGAAAAAUUGUCUACAGAAAAGAAAUAAAAAAAUAAUCAUCAUUAAAAAAACCAUAAGCUACUUCGCUCGCUUCACUCAAAAUCUACAAAGUAUACGUAAAAUGUUUACAUCAAAUAUUCGAUUUGAGCGUUUUCCUUUUAGAAAUUAUCAUAAUAAUUAUAAGAGUUGGUCUAUACCAUAAAACACUCGUGAGCAGUAGAGGUUCACUAAUAUAAUAUAUUGAAAUCGAAUUUUUUCCCGUCUAUUUGGUACUAUAGAAAUAUUCCUUUACAAAUACUGAAAAUCACCGAAUACGUUAACAGUAGUAUUACUAAGUACACAAAAACUAGAUUACUUAAUAAAAAAAAAUACGACUUACAAUGAACCUCAUGUUAGAUAUUCAAACAAUUUAAUCCAUAGAGUACUGAAUAAAAAUUAAGUAAAAACUUGUAAAGUUGAAAUUUUAACAAAAAUGUGUUCGUGUAAAUAUUUCACAAUAAUAUACUAUUAAUUAAUGUAUUUGAUAAUACCAAAAAAAAAACCUUUUUUCCUAAAAUAUAAUGUGUAAAACACAUAUUAUUAUACACACGUUUAUAUAUUGGUCACCCAUUCCUAUAUUCAUGAUAUUCUAUAUUACUAUAAAAUAAUUUGGUGGUAACGUGUAUUGGUGGAAAAUAGGAAGGUUAAUUUUGGUGGAGAACAACGACAUCCAUUAUUAUAUAUAUCUACGUUUUUAUUUUUAUUUUUUAUAUUAGAAGAAAUAUAAUAAUUGCAAUCUAUACAACAGUUAAAGUAUAAUAAGUAAUGUCGAUAUUUUUAAAUGGCCGGGAAUAAAUAAUGUUUGGCGGGCACCCGGUAGUGCCAUCGGUCAGAUUUUAUUACUAAGCCUCUAGUUUACUACCGUUUAAGAGGUCUUAGAAGAUUGUUAGAAAAUAAACAAGUGAAUACUCGAUUGAUAAAACGGUUCUGAUGGCGGCUUAAUUUAGAAUAAAAAGAAAUAUAUCGAGAUUUGGUUAAUUAAUUGAAUUUGCCGAAGACAGAUAGACUGAAAAGCCUAGAUUAUUCUUAAGUUGUAGGGUUUGGCAGAACUCCAAACCUGGACACUAUUGAACCACACUAAUCUAAUGGCUUUAUAAAAAAGUAGUUUAUUUCUGAGGGAUAAAUUGGAAUAUAUGUACUUAAAAGUGAAUUAUUGUUUUACUUUACAAUUUUAAAAUCUCCUAGAGCCUAUUUGUUUAUAAAUAAUAUAAUAUUAGCGUAAAAUUAUUUCGUGUACUCGACUAUUGUUAUCCGUGAUCGAGUUAUAACUUUUUAUAAUACCCUACGUUCUUGUUAUAUAUUAUACUGUAUAAUUUGAUUUUUUCGAUUUACCGGAUCAUUAAAAUGUGAUUCUAAAUUGUUUUUUGUACGAUCACGGUAUUUCGUUUUAUGUUUAUGCUUUAUAUACUCGCUUUUCUGUAAAAUUUAAGACAGAAACGUUGAAAUAGCCAUAAAAAAAAAAAAGAAAAAAACAUUUUGAUAUUAUUACGAACCAUGCGAGAGAUGAUAUUCUCUAUUUUCUCAUAUAAUAAUAAAAAAAAAAAAACAACAAAAAAUCCACCCAAAAGAUAACCCCCGUGUAGUACUUUAGUCAUUUAAAAACCUCAGCUGUAAAUUAUUUUAGCGAUAUUUACCAAAAAAAAACACUAUUUCACCAUCAUUUCUUCGGGCACAUUUUUUUCUACAUUUUCUUAUACGUGAACCGAAAUAUACUUCUUAAUAUAACGUAAAUCAUUUAUUUUAAAAUCAUAGAUUUUAAAUUAAGAUAAUAACUGAUGUAAAAAAAAAAAAAAAAAAAAAAAAAAAAAAACAUGAAAAUACAAUAAAUAUAAAUUAAUUUUUCAUAGGCUGAUAUCUAUAACCAAAAACUUAACGGGGAUAGUAUUUAAGAUGAUAAGAAUUUACUUAUUUGCAUAAAAAAAUGAAUCCUUGGCACAUCUGUGUACAAAAUAAAAAUGUACUUGGCUUUAUCCCGACAAACCAAUUUCACCAAAAUGAUCUAUGUAUGAAUUGGUUAUAAUCAAUCAAAGUAUAGUAACUAACAAUUUUAUUAAAGUAUAUGAUGAAAACAAAAGUCAAUAAAACACAUUUUUUUUAAAAUAAUUUUCAAUAAUACACAAUAUUUUUUCAAAUAUAAUCAAUCGUAUGAUCAAUAUUUAAUAAAUAAUAAAUAAACAUAUUUUUCUAAAAAUAUCCUAGUUAUCAAUAGUUUUUGGAUUCGGAGAAUAAUGAGGGAUAACUAUUGGUUUUACUAUGAUGUAUGUUUUUUUUACUAUUCUUUUUCUUUGUUUAUAAUUUUUUGUGUCUAUAUACAACUUUUUUAAAAGAAAUUAUGCUCUAAUGUAUUGAAUAUUGCUCCUUUUCUGAAAAUAAAUCUUAAUUAGUUGGUGCGCUGGGAAGAUCACUUUUUUGAUUUUUUUUAAGUGUUUUAAUAAUACUUGGGAAAGACCGGAAAACAACUAAUUGAAAAAACAACAAAUAUUUACGGCAUGCUAUGACAUUACGGAUUUCAUUGUUAUUAAUUUUUACAAAAUAUGUUUCGAACUAGAAAUAUUGUUUCAACAGAAAAACAAUAAAAUGCCUUUUUUUGUUUCAUUCAGAAUCCAGAUGCUUAUAAAGAAAGUCAAUUUUUGAUUUGUUUAGUAGUUCUCACAAAAAUAGGAAACACCGGAAAAAUAAUUGUAAGAACGACAAAAUAUAAGAAAACAAUAUUUUUAUUAGUGUGAGUUUUGUUUUUUUUGUUGUAAUAAAUUCAAUAUAUUCAUGGAGACUAAAUUAUGACAGAAAACUUAUGUUUGUUAUUUCUUAUAUUAUGCUAAAUUUUUAAAACAUUUUUGAACUAUUUAUAGAACUUUUAAUUAUGCAAAUUUUGUAUGUAGAUUUCAUUUGGUAGGUACUCUAUAGAUAAAAUUGUUUGACAAAACAGAUGCGAUUGAAUAUUUAUUAAGGAUGUUCAUUAUCAGUUAUAUUUAUUGGUCAGCAAUAAAAAGUUGUGUUUUAUUUUUUGUUUUUGUUUUUUUUUUUUUAAUUUUAUAAGUUUCAAGAUUAAAUUUUGGUGAAAACCGUAAAUAUUACGUUCUUUUAAAACAUGUAUAAAUGAACUUCUUUCGGAAUUAAUUUUCGUUAGCAAUAGUUUAUCGUUGAUAACGGGUAUAAAUUAAAUAACUUUAUGUAUUACACAUUCUACUGGCCAUAUUAUUUACAUUUUUCGUUAAAAUUUAAUUAUAAAAUUGCUAUAAAAAAAAAAAAUACUUCAUUAUACCUACUUCUUUUUUUUUUUUUUGUCCACUACUACGUACGACAUUUAAUAAACCUCCUGUCAAAUGUUUAAGCAUUUCGUAAAUUUCCCUGUAGUUUCUGCGUAUUUUUUGAAUUCGCUCAAUUAUUAAAAAAAACCACUAAGAAAAGCAAGAAACGAACUUCUUGGUCACCAGCUUAAUUAAAAAUUAAUUAUAAAAGAUCUCUUGUUGUUUUUCAAUUUGAGUAUAAUUUUCAGUAGAUAACGUAAAGCAUACAAAUAAAAGAACUACUACAUACUUUGCACGAUGGUAAUUUCGUAAAUUCUACAGUAUUUCCCACAUUUUUCCAGGUUUUCCAAUUUAAUAUUUAUGGCACGCUGCGUCGUUACAGAGAUUUUAUUGUUUUCAAUUUUUCCAAACUAUGUCUUCCACCAAAAAUAAAGCUCUAAUCAAAAAAUGCAAUCUACUUUUUUGUUGUUAUAUAUAUAUAUAUAACCACUGACAAAGAAUGUCGUUUUUUGUUAUCUAAUCUAGUUUUAUAGUAAUUGGGAGAAAUCAAAAAAAACGGAAAAUAAGAUUUUUUUAGAUUACGACGCAACGUUUUUAUUAUUUAAUAAUUUUAAUAUUAUAAUUUUCGAUCAGAUAUCUUUAUCCGAAUUAUAAGAAUAUCAUAUUUUCUAAAAGAUAAUUUUGUAUUGUUUAUGGGUAAGAAAGGUUUUGUUUGAUUUUUCUAAAAAUUACUAAAAUCCCGGAAAAAAGGAAGGAAAUACGGUAAGUGUACAGUAUUUUGAGUUUUUCGUUGUUAGUCGGUUAAAAAUAUUGUAAAGACCUGUAGUUUUUACGAAAUACUUAAACUUAUAUUGUCAAUUUUUAGUCGUGGUGAAAUUUCCAAAACAUUCUAGUUAUUUUCAGGCUAUUAAUAUCGAUAUUUGAUAUUUUCAUGUAUUUAUAUUAUGUACUUUUACUUGAUUAAUGUAUAUAAUUAAAAUCAUAUAACUUAAGAAAAAUUCUUGAAAAUUUAACACAAGGAACACUUUAAGUUUUACUUAGUGAUUUAGAAAACAAAAUUGUAUAAUUUUAUAAUUAGGUUUUAUUUUCAUUAGCAUUUUAAGAUCAAAUUUUGUCGAAAAUCGUAAAAAUCACGACAUUUUAAAAUAUGUCUUUCCUAAGUUUGAUCUGAAUCGUUCUUCAUUAUCAGUUGUUUAUCGAUGCGUACAGGUAAUAUCUAAAUAAGUUUAAAUAGUAUUUUAUAUCUUAUCUUCCUAACUUACCAACUAUAACAGUGGCUACAGCCAUCCCUAGUGUCAGUUCUUUAUUUUUAUUUCAACACAAAUAAACUAUACUCAGAGCUGGAUUUAUGUAUUUAUCUUUUAUCAAAAAAAUUAUCACUUUCAGCUUUUUUUUUCAUUUUCAAGUGGUUUUCAUAAUAAUUGGGAAUAAUCGAGAAAUCGUACAUUUAUAAAUGAAAUUUUACUCAAAAUAGUUUUUAGUUAGCAAUAGUUUAUCGUUCCAAAUAGAUAUAAACUUAAUUCCUCUAUAUAUUUUACCUUGUCAACUUCUCCUCUAUAACAGUAGCCCACCCGUCGUGCGAAUUACGUCCGUUUUUUUUUAUAUGUGUACCUUCCUUUUUAUUCCAGUGGAAUUCAUUUCUAGGGUAUAUUUAAUCUAUCUAUAAUCCAUAAAGUGGUACCCCACAAACAAGUUUUUUUAUGUAUAAAAUAUUAUUAACUUUAUAUUCUGGAUACAUUUAAAUUAGACUUAUCUCGUUUAUUUGUGUAUAACUCAUAAAGAACUUAAUCCAGUUAUAGCUUUUUAACCAUUCAUUUAUUUUGGUACAAAUUGCAAUACCUUCAGGGUGGUACUAGAGAUUUUCUGAGAUAAAAAAUUGUAUAGUAGAUCAAUUGAUCUAUUAUUUAUGUUGAACGAAAAAUCUGUAUCCAGACCGUUACAUUUUAUUUAAUAUUUCUUUAGAACGGUUAAAAGAAUCGACAUCUCAAAGGGGAAUAUAGAAAUCUCAAAGGGGUAGUAAAUACAAAACAAUAUCCCUAUGUAUAGUUGUAUAGAUUUUUAACAUUUCGACAUUUUACGUUUUGUUUUUUUUUUUUUUUUUUCAAUAGGUAAAGUUCUUUUAUGACAAAGUGUGUAGCGUUUACACCCGUAUCAAAAUAUAAAAAGUUUUUUUAGGUAGAAACGUUUUCAAGUUUUAGUUUGAUAGCUUGAGUAGCAAAUAGUGAUUAUUUAAAAAAAAAAUGUAUACAUAAAGGACUUUGAAUUUUAUUUACGUACACCGUGUCAUAUGUAAAAAGUCAAUAUGACGUGUCGGUUGUGCAUUAUGGUGUAGUCGUUAUUCGCGUUAUUAAGUUAGGUUACGUUAACAUAUCUUAUUCUCGUAAAUUAUAUUUAUUUUUCUAUCAACUGUGCUAGUAAAAUACUGCACAACCAAGUUAUACGAUACGCAAAUUUUAAAAAAAUCUACCUAACAUUUACCAUACCUAGUCUGAUUUUAUAACAUUUAUGAAAAAAAUUAUUUUUCUAUUGCGAAUAACUAUUACGAAAAAUGUAACUAUUUUAUUUCGGAAUUCAUAAAACGUCCUACAUACAAUAUAUAAUCACGUACAUUCAGCAGACACUUAUAUAUCAUACACCUAUAUAAUGUUUUAAUAUUUUGGAAAAAAAAUCAAUACCUCGGAAUGUACCUUGACAAAUUCAGUGAAGAACCGUGUUUAGAGCACCCAUUAUAACCGCAGGAGGGCUUUCAUUCUGCAAGAAUAUCAACUUGUAUAAUUUAUCAAUUAAAAAAAAAAUAAAAAACAGCUUUAAUUAAAACCUUAAAACCAAUUGUAUUUAAUUCUCGCUCAGACACCACGGUUGUUUGUCAAGAUCAGCAGUAAAAAGAUCCGUUAAUAAUAAUAAUAACUUAUUUCGCACUUUUGUAUAAUUUAUUGUGUGGUUAUACAUUCUAGUAAAAAGGCUAGUGCACACAAUGAUAGUUAUUACUUAUCACUAUGUCAAUAGUUAUCAUAGGUGCAACCAUCGUGUCAGUAAAUAUUAUAAAUACUGUGUCCAUACGGUGAUAUAAUAUAAUAGAGUGAUAGUAAAAGACAUUAUAAUAAAGUGAAUUUUUUUUUAUAUGGAAACGUGUGUGGAGGUAUGACAUGACAGUAACAAAAUAUGAUUAUAGAUCCAUAGUAUAUGUAAACACACGGUGACAGUUACCAUCACAGUCUUAUGGUAUUAAAGCUUGAUCUACACGAUGAUAGUUCGGAACUUGAUUGGUACGUAAUUCAAAACCAUAAUGGUUACUAUAGGUAUCAUAACCCAAAUAUCGUCGUGAAAGCAAUCAUAAUACUAUUAUGCAUGAAUGAUAGUUGAUAGCUACUAUUAUGAGAAUAAGAGUUACUCAUCAUGUGUACACAUAUUGUUGUUAUAAUUUACAGUCAUGCUAUCACAUUCACAAACGUUUCCAACGAAAUUCAUUAUAUACCUGUCAUGUAUUCUACCACCACUCUACUAAACAUCACAAUAAUAUAGUGAUGUAUAAUAUAAUAUAAUAUAAAAAUAAAAAAUAUUUUAUUUUAUUUUUAUUUUAACGAAUUAUGUUACGAGUAGGUAGUGCGAUGCAUUUAGGUAUACCUACCUAUCAAUCUAACUUUAAACCUUAACUAAUAUUCAAUAUUUUUAAUAAUGUAAGUUCAAAGUUUCUCCCCGAGUGUAUUAUACAUAAUACCAGGAAUUUUGCAAAAUGAAUUAUGAACUUCAUAAAUACAACAAAAUCAUGUAUCGCAGGCAUUCGGUCAAAAGCCAAAUCGUGAUAUUUUUUAAAAUUUUACGGGAGAGGCUAAAAUUAAAUUAUAUUUAAAAACACAAUGCGUACUUGCAGUGGGCUUGCUAAUUGUUUUUUUUUUCUUUUUACCGCUCGCUCGACCGGCGAGUGAAACGUGUUAUUAAAAUUACACUAUUUUUAAUGAUAAUUAUUAUUAUUCGAAUCACGCAAUAAAGUUAUCACGUCUCGACCCCCCCGGGCGCCAGCUGAGCUUUGAUAUGACGGAAAUUAUGUUUGUCGAUUUCUUUAAUAUUUCACGGGGGGUUAAGCAUGAUUCUACGGGUGCGUUCGUAUAAUGGAAAACCCGCUGACCUACAGCUGACGCAUCACUGUCGGAGCUUUUGGAUUUUAUUUAGUCAAAUAUUACUAUAAGUAUUAGACCUUAUUAACUAUCCUAGAGAGAGGAACAUAUAGGAGAAAUGUUUAUCAAAACUCACGUUAAUAUGUGAAAAAAAACCAGUCGACAUAAAAACUCCACGCAAGUAAAUGGGGGAAAUAAUUCAGAUUUAACAACAGUAACGUACAUAUAUAUGUGCGUAUAUAUAGAUUUAGAUACAGCAAUAUACACAAUCAACAAAAUAAAAAUAACAAUCGGUUAUGUUUAACAUUGACCGGUUGAGUUGUGUUGAAAUAUUAACACGAGUUAACAAUACUGUAUUUUUAAAUACAUAUAUGGGUGUAUGGGAAAAGGAAUAGGAACGUGUCCUUUGAUAUAGCUAUCGAAUAAUUUCAUACUUUAUGACUAGAACAUUGAUAAAUAUAUAUAUAUUUAUGUGUCGCGACGCGGUGGUAACGAGUUACGUUCGAUUAUUUUAUUAUUCAAGGGGAAAUGUAAGAUUUGCAACUAUAGGUACUCCUUUGGUUUUGAGAUUUCAGUUUCAACCGGUAGAGAAGCGAACGGUAUGUGGAUCAGCACACGUAUAUUUAAUUUAAUUGCGGAGACUCAAUUCAGGAUCGCGCAUUCGCCACGUGCGGGAAUUAUACUUUUAUUGUAAAAAAAAAGGGUACUGGUCAUCGGCUAGAUCCAUGUUUAUCGUCCGAGUAGGUGGCUUAGCGUAGCGACUCGGCGAGUUGGGAUAUAAGUUGACACCUGCGGGACAUGCCUAACCUCAAUACGAGUUGUACCUAUGUCUCGGGGACAAAUUAAGUCGGGGCGGUUGCAGAACAAAAGUAAUAUUUUUUAUUUUAUUGCCAAAAGUUUAACAGCAUACAAUUUAUGGCGUAGUAAUUAAGGAGAAACAAACUAUCACUUACGUUGUUGAAAAACACGUGGAAUAAAAUAAAAAGAAUAUGGAUGGCAGUUUUUUUUAGGGGGAGCCGCACAGAAAUAAGACAUAUAUUUGGUUUUUGACACGUUUAGGAAAAAUGAGUGAAAAUAAAAUGUUGUUUUUAAUAAAUAGCCACAUGGCACAACAACCGUAUUAACAUAAUCGACACAAGUACAGUAAAAAAAAAAAAAAAAAACAAUAUACAAUAAUUAUCGUAUUGAAAUUACUUUACUUAGGGAGAAAGUAAAAAAAAACAAAAUAAAGGGAGUACCAGCCAAGGUGUUAAGGAAAAAUAAUUUAUACUCACAUUAUUUAUUGCCCCGACUGAAGUCGCCUACACAGAGGACUUUACACGUGGAUUUACUCUGUCAUCUUGGGCUAGAUGAAUGCACAGAAAAAUAAUAUUAUAAUAUUACCUAACCUUGCCGCGAUCGACUAAUAGUGCCAGCUGUACACUCACAAAGCUCUGUUCACUUCACAUAAACGAAUUAGAAAACGGAAGCUCUUUGGGUAAAUUAAGCCCAAUAAUUAUGCCGGGGAAUCUGUUUGCGGUUGUAAAUUCUCGCGCCGUAAAUAAAUGGCUCAAAAUUAAACAUAUUGUUCUGCUAUAAUAUUGUCGCUUAUACUACAACAAUGAGUAUCUUAGUAUAUAUCAAUUUCUGCACUUUCACAAGAUGAUCAAAUCGCAUUAUUUAAAUGAUUUAAUCUCAUUAAGGUAAAUACCGGAAACGUCCAUUUAAUAUAUGUCGCACUAACAAUAUGUUUAAUGAUAACUAUACAAUAAAUGCAACCAUUGUCCAAGUGUUAUUGUCUUAUAUUUAUGUUGGAUCAAGGUUUUAAUAAAAAUUAACGUUUAUCAUUUUCGUGAUUCACAUUGUGAACACAAAUCUGACAAAAUUUAAUUUUAUAACAAAACAAUUCCGAAAACACGUCUUAUUUUAUUAAUAAGGAUAAUAAUGUUUAUUUUAUAAUAAUACGUGAUGUUGCGAAUAAAUUACGACAAUUAGGUAAAUUCAGUGGCGGCUCGUGAAUCGAAUGAGAGAUGAAACAGAUAUUUUAAAAACGCAUGAUAACUUGUUCGUUUAUGUUCUUGACACAAUCAAUUAUUACUCGCACAGUCUCACAGUCUUACUAUUAUACUGCUAUAGUCUUCACUAUAUAUUCUUCUAUAACAUGAUUAAUCAUAAUUCAUGGUCUAUAAUCAUACACUUACAGAAAUUCUUCUUAUUUAUGUCUAUAAUACCGAAGAACAAUAUAAUAUAUAUUAACUAUAAUACAAAAUUGAAUAUGUUCAUUGUUAUUUGUUUGAUAAGAACCGAUAUCUUUAGUUUAUGAUAAAAGUAUUUCAGGUAAGUAUACACUUGCACUACGCAACAUUAUGACAACCUCCCCGUCCCAAUAUCUAUAAGUGGAAGUUACGUCACUUCGACAACUGAAUAAUGGAUAAUGUUGACAUUACCCUGGGGCAAAAAUCGUCCAGCCUCAUAUCAUAAUAAAAUUCUGAAUUCUACCACUACCAUGAUCAAUUUUAAAAUCGUACGGCUGUCAGAGAAAAAAAUAUUUAGCCUCUCGGCACUCUUCGGCUUUCAUCAAGACCGUUCUAUCGUUCCACGAAAAUCUUCGUCAUAGUUUUUGUUAACAGUAACGCAGUAUACAUCAAGGUUUAUAGAUAAUAUUAUCUAUAAAUCUUGUGUAUACGUGACAAUAACAAAAAAUUGUCUAUUUUGCAAUGUAUAAAUUAUUGAAUAUAAUAUUCUUAAAAUAGAUUGGAAAUGACUAUACAGUAUACAGUAUAUACCUCUUUUUUCUUUACAAUUGUAAGGUGAGGCUGAGCCUUACCUGUCUUCCCUGACAAGUCACCACUGAUACGUCAAUGACCCAAAUCGUAUUUGUUUGUUACAUUCCUACCACACAUAGAAAAACAAAAUUUUGUAUUAAUUGUAUUAUUUAUUCAUAUGUAUAUAUAUACGAAGUAUACAUAUGUAUAUAUUAAAUCAAAAAGUUCCAAAAAAUUGUAUUGCAUUUUUUUAUGCACACAAUUUAAACGGUUUAGCUGUAAAAAUUAUUUUACGCUGGCAAAAAAUACUCGUAAUACACGAGUAGAUCUAGUUAAAAAUUACAUUUUUACCAUAAAAAGAACGCGUGUACAAUGUUAGUUUUAAUUUUUCCAUGUACUAUCAUACCACUAAAUAAUAUCAUGAGAAAAAAAGUAACUUCAUAUUAAAUAUAUACUAACAUAAUCAAGUUAGGUAUGAAGAUACUUUUUUCCAGGAGCAACUAUAAUAACUAGUUACGUCUUUAUUCGAAUGACUCGUAGUUAUUAACUUAUUUUUACAAAAAAAAAAAGUAGAGGAUGGUAACAUAUUUAACUAUACUCAAUUACUAAAAUUGAAUAACUUUCUGUGCACUUUUGUUCGAUUUCUAUUGCGGUACAUACUUAUUGCUGUUACGUGUGUUUCAGCUUACCAGUGUUCGCCGAUCGGCGCUAGAGCCAUGCGGACAGAGACCGUACCGUUUAUUUUCGGCAUCACACUGGCAGCAGUGGCCGUGCUCACGGUUGGCGGCUACGCGGUUUUCAGACAUUUCAAAAUCAAGAAAGUCCAGUACGAUACCAUGGAAUAAGCGCGGUCCGCCGGCACAUAAUAUCAUAUAGAGGAAUCAUAAUAUUAUUAUUCAGUAGACGUCAAAAGCAAAAAAAAAAAAAAAAGACUUCCGGUUUUUUGUAUUAUUAAUUACGAUAAUAUAUUACCAAAAAUACCAAACCACAGCAAUAAUCACGCAUACACGGAGUAUUUGCAUUAUUAUUAUUAUUAUUAUUUUAUGUAGCAACGUUAAAUAUAGUUUAAACGUAACCAUUAAUAUUAUAUAAACAAUUAGGAGGUAUUCAUUAGCCACGUAAUAUAGGACCUUAUUAAGGUAAGUAAAACUUAAUAAGGAAUUAUCGUCAUUAUCGUCGUAUUUUGAUAGGAGACACAUUUUGUGUAGUUUCUAUUCACCACCUCCCUGACCCAUCAUUUCACUUUUUAAGACAAUUAUUCUUUCAUUCGUGCGACCGAUAGGUACCUAUGUUUAAAACGAGUUGGAUUUGUUUUACACAAUAAUGAUCACAAUAGUAACAAUAAUGUAGCGAAUAUUAUGUUCAAUGAUUAGCCUAGCCUAACCAAGCUUAAUCUAAGCACAUUGAUAUUUUCAUUGUUUUAAUAUUAUUCGUUAUCAAAACCGCGCUUCGAUUAAUAUAGUUUAUAGGUUUUUCUUAACUUUAUACACUUUUACAAUAAUAUUAGCGAUUUUAAUUAACGAUUAUUAUUACGUCCUACAGUUAAAUUUGUAUCUGACCUUAUAUGAUUUGCAUGAUUAUUCAUUAAGGAUUUAAUUUCGAAUCUAUAAUUAUAUGUAGGUAUAUUUAUUUUAACUAUAAACCAUCAUGACUAUAAUAGGGCUGUGAAUCAAAUUCACUAAAUAACCCUUAAAAAAAUAAAUUAAAAUCGAAAAAUUAGAUUCCUCCAAGUCUAAAAAAAAAACAAUUGCAAGUUAAAAAAAAUCAUUGAGGAGCAGAGUUUUGUUACUAUACUCGAAAUUUCUCCUUAGCUAUUUUUUUUUUUUCUAUUGAAAUAUUCUUCGUAAAACACUAAAUUACCGUUUAUUAUAAUAUUACAAUAAUAUACUACAGUAGGUGAACUAAAUUCAACGUUCAAAUGGUGAGAAUGGGUGUUAAAAGUUGAUAUCUUCAACAGUCAUAUAAUUGACAUCAAUGCAAAAUAUAUUGGGUUCGCGGAUAUUUUUUUUUUUUUGAGAUUAAAUUGCUUAUUUGCAGGAUUAAAUUUUUUUUUUUUUUAAGGUUUUUAAACGCAUUAUAUUCACAGCCCUAAUCGUGUCUAUAUUAAGAUAAUAAUUAUUAUAAUUAUAAUUAUAAUUUCAUACCAUAAUAUAUGUACCGUUAUAAAGACCGUGUGACCUUAGAAAAUUUAACUACCCAGAAAUUACGUAUUAAUACAUAAUUUCUUUAAAUUUUAUUUUUUUUUUUAUAAUAACUUAAUCAAAUUCAUCGUUACUAUACUGGUAUUUUCAUGAUUAUGUGGAUUACUCGGACUUAUAUAAAUUAAAAUUAUUAUUAGCAUAAGUUUUUCUUGAUUUUAAUUGUAUAUUUCUUAUUAAAUAUUAUAUUAUAUUAUUAUAAAAUAAAUCAUUAUUAUACUAGACUGAAAUUAGUGCAGCAUAUAGUCUCAUUUUACAAAUAAUUAUUCCACAAAAAUCGUGUAGGUAUAAUAAUAUUAAGAAGAUAGGUAUUUUGUAGUAACGGUUUUUCGCUCAUGAUAAUAUUAUACAGAAAACAGACAUAUUAUUCAAAUCAGUCGAGAUAAUGUCGAAUAGCUUAUGAAAUGUUUCCACUAUCUUGCAGUAUUUUCCACGCGGCGCGGCGUUACGUUUUACUGUUUAAAACGGUCUCUUUGGUUAUAAUAUUGUAACCAUUUCGAGACACUAUCGUGUACUCAAUUUAAUAGCAAACCUAAUAAUAUGAGAUACUGCACAUUCGUAUGUAUGAUAUUAUGACUACUAAAUUUGUUGCUGUUCGACAUUAUUCUCCGCGGGGACGUUUUCGGGAAGUUGGAAUAAAUUAGAAAUUGUCUUCAAAUGUUAUUCGGUAUUGAACGCAACAAAAUAUCAUUUCAUUUAUUUCUAGAUUAGUAUCGGCAUUUCUAUUAUUGUUAUUUAGUAUUAAGUCGUGCGUAUAGGUAGGACCGAUUGACGAAUAUGUCGGUUCUAACAAUUCGUAUAUCGUAAGGAAAUCAUAUUAUUCAAUAUUGAUGAACACAAAUAUGGAUUAUAAUUUGUAUAGGUAUAAAUAUAGUAUUUAUUAUUAAUACUUUAAUUAUUUAAUUACAUAAUUUAAUAAUUCUAGAAUAAAGAAAAAAACAAAAAAAAAACAAGAUUUGCGUUUGUUAUAAGGACC